AUGGUGAUCCUGCUCAACUGUGUGACUCUGGGAAUGUACCAGCCCUGCGAGAACAUCGACUGCACCUCCGACCGUUGCCAGAUCCUGCAGGUGAGAACGAGUCGCAGUUUAAUGUGUCAAAUGAAGGGGGUAAAAGGGGCGGAGCUUAGGUCGAGGUCGUCAACAUUUACUGAUCAGAUCAAUCAGGUUUAAACUACUCUGGACUCAACGUUCCUCUGAGUUUGUUUUGGUCCGGUCUAUCUGGUCCUGCUCCCACUCCCUGGUUCUGAGUGUUCAGAUGGUCCGGGUGACCAGAACUGAACCUGGUCUGAUGGAUCCACAGGUUCUUGUUGGUUCUGGAGCUCAGAGGAUUGUGUUGUUGGAUUUAUCGAGGAGCUUAUCUGCAGCUUCUGUCUCAUCAUCAUCCUGGUCCUGAUGUGAGUUUUGUGUUGGGACCCUGGUCUGGGUCCAGCUGGCUCAGUCCUGUAGUCUACCUCCGGGAUCCUAAUCGUGUUUCACGGAUGUAAAUUUGGCGGCGUUAAUUUGAGGUGUGACGAGGACGCCCUGAUUCUGUCACAGGAGCGUUUGUUUGUUUGUCAGAUCUGUCUUCACCAUCAUCUCUUCUUUGUCCUCCUGGACGUCCAAACCUCUGAGAACCUCCAGAACAUUAAGACGGAUUAGGGUCCCAAACAAAACCCCCGUAGACCCGCUGAAGCUCAUUCAACACGUCCCAUUUUCUCUGCAUUUACACACAUCUCAAAUAAGCUGCCGCACACCUCCUCCUCCUCCUCCUCCUCCUCCUCCUGAUCCCAUCUCUGCUGCUCCCCAUGUUCCCUCCUCCCCCCUCGUCUCUCUAACAGGCUGAUUGUCUCCCCCGGUAGUGUGAGGGUCUUGUUCGGCUGGUUGCUAAUGGAAACAGGAGGGAUUUUGCUGACGGAGCUCAGAUUGUUAAGAGCGGCCCCGCACGCCUCUCUGGCCCUCGGUGAGACCCCCAAACCCCCCAACCCCCGCACCUCCUGAAGGACAGACUGCAGAAACCUGAAUAAAGGGUUAAUGAGGACUGAGAGUCCUGGACAGGUGGAGGAGGUGGAGGUGGAAUCAAUGCAGCGUCGGAUGAGAUGAUGAAGAUGAGAUCUGAGAGACCGGCCUCAUUAAAGUCUCAUCACAGGGUCAUCAACCGAAUACUGUUAACGUAGACCUGGUCCCUCAUUAGACCUGGUCCCUCAUUAGACCUGGUCCCUCGUUAGACCGGCUUCACGACUCUGAACUACGAUUGAGUUUUUAAUCUCUGAGAACUUUGACCUCACGACCCAACAAAGAGUCGGUCUAAGAGAAAGUCUCAUCAGCACCACUGAGAAAAUCAGGACGCCGUCUCUUUAAAUAAAGACCGAACUCUUUAUUUACAACCUCUAACCAAUGAGAGCUGAGACGCCGAGAACAGAGACGACAUUUAACAACCAAAGAGUUCUGAUAGGAACCAAACGGGUCAAACGUUCUGAUAGAGGAACAACUAAACAGAUAUGUAAACGUGUAACUAGUGGUCAUAUGUCUGUAAUGGUAGGUCCAUGACAGACCUCCUCAGACCUCCUCCUGGUCUCCUUCAUGAUCCUGAUGAUGCUGCUCUCUCUCUCCCUCUCUGAGCAGAGGUUGUAGGUGUUUCUCCUGAUGUUCUUCAGUGUUAUUUAGAGGAACAUUUGUCCUCCUGCGUUUCCUCUGACUCUCGUUCCUCAGAUAUUUAUGGUUUGAUGAGAAUAAACUCUCUCUAAACAUGACUAAGACAAAGUUCAUAGAGUUUGGAAAGAAACCAGUUUAACCAGAUCCAGAGGUUGAAGUGAGUAUUGAUAAUACGAAGAUAAGAGGGGUGUAAUCUCAGCUGGAAACCCCAAAUAGACUCUGUUAGGUUGAAGUUGGCUCGGAGUGGGUAGGAUACGACACAAAUUAAACCAUAAAACUUUAUACUUAUUAUACAAUACGCUUAUAUCACCAUAACUGACUUAUUGCAUAGAAGUCUGGGGAAAUACAAAAACGAAUUUACAACCUUUAUAUAUUAUACCAAAGAGAGUAAUAAAGAUUAUUAACAAGGUCGGAUUCUUCCAUCAUCUAAUGAACGGUUUCUGAAAUUAAGAGUAUUAAAAUUUAUCGAUCUAGUUGAAUUUAGAACUUCACCGACAAUGUAUAAAGAUAAUAACAAUCGACUCCCUGGUAAUAUACAGAGAGUGUUUAAUGGAAGAGAGGGAGGGUUUGUAUUAAGAGGGGAAUAGGUGUUGGUACCACACUAAAAAUCAUGUGUCUUUACGACUAACGCAGUUUAAAAGUAAAUUAAAACAGAAUUUGAUUGAAAAAUACAAACAGAAAUGAUUUUUGUUUUGCCACAUUUGUUAUAUUUUAUAUGAGUUUGGUACAAACGAGAGAUUUAAAGUAUUCUAGGUAGAUAUAUAUAAAGUCUAUAUUUGUGUGUAUAUACGUGUAUAUAGGUAUGGGUGUAUUUAUGUAUAUAUAAGGUCUUUGUUUCAGUAUUAAUGAUUAGUUAUAUAUUCAUGUUAGAGUUUGGAGCUCUGGUUACUUUUAGGCGACAUCAGAAAUCCUGAAGACGUGUAAAGAGUAAACGAACAGGAAGGAAUGAGGAGAAGAACAUGUAAGCUCAGAUAUAUUCAUCUCUAAAAAAUGUAGGGGACUUUGUGUCUUUAUUUGACCCAUUUACUGUCCUGAUGACCCUCUGCCUCUCCGCCCGUCUCCUCCCGGAGGAGCAGCUCCUGUUUCAGGUCAUGAGAGCGUCAGUCAGCGAACAUCCUCUUUAUAAAUCCUGUAAACGAUCAAACCUGAUCAGCUGACUGAGGAGCAGACAGAUAACUCUGAUGAACUCUCUCUCUCUCUCUCUCUCUCUCUCUCUCUCUCUGUCUCUCUCUCUCUCUCUCUCUCUCUCUGCAUUAUUUAUCCAAACAUCAUUAAACUCUCUCUGAUCCUCUCCUCUUUCUCCGUCAGCUCCGUCUGUGUGCUGUCAGUCAGUGAGGGGGGCGGGGCUACAGCGCCGUCUAACCGUGUUUGACAACGCCGAGUCAUGUUUUCACACGCCACGCUCAGUUAGUCUGAUAUUUAAAAAACAGGAAACACGAGAGAGAAACUGCAGCAUCAUCAUCAUCAUCAGGAGGAGGAAACUUGGAGGCACAUCCACCCAGUGUUACCAUGGAAACAGCUCUACCACUGCCUGCCGGGGGCUGAAGCAAACUUUUAUUAUUUAUGGUACAUGAUGACAGUGGGGGUGCAUACUGGUUAAACUGGGACUGAGUCCUGAUCACCACCUUUGACUCUCGAACACGUCCCAGUUUGAACCCUGAGGGGCGGGGCUUUAGUUCUGAGGGGGUCUGCAGAGCUGCAGUUCAGGACUCUGGAGGUCAACAUCAGACUUUGUUCUGCAGACUGAGUCGAUCUUUUCAAUCACACAUAGACUGUCUUCACCUAGAUCACACUCACACACAUAGACAGUCUUUACUUAGAUCACACACAUAGACAGUCUUCACUUAGAUCACAAUCGCACACAUAGACAGUCUUUACUUAGAUCACACUCACGCACAUAGACUGUCUUCACUUAGAUCACACUCAUAGACAGUCUUUACUUAGAUCACACUCAUAGACAGUCUUUACUUAGAUCACACUCACACACAUAGACAGUCUUUACUUAGAUCACACUCACACACAUAGACAGUCUUUACUUAGAUCACACUCAUAGACAGUCUUUACUUAGAUCACACUCAUAGACAGUCUUUACUUAGAUCACACUCACACACAUAGACAGUCUUUACUUAGAUCACACUCACACACAUAGACAGUCUUUACUUAGAUCACACACAUAGACAGUCUUCACUUAGAUCACACUCAUAGACAGUCUUUACUUAGAUCACACUCACACACAUAGACAGUCUUUACUUAGAUCACACACAUAGACAGUCUUCACUUAGAUCACACUCACAGACAGUCUUUACUUAGAUCACACUCACAGACAGUCUUUACUUAGAUCACACUCACACACAUAGACAGGCUUCACUUAGAUCACACUCAUAGACAAUCUUUACUUAGAUCACACUCACACACAUAGACAGUCUUUACUUAGAUCACACUCACACACAUAGACAGUCUUCACUUAGAUCACACUCAUAGACAGUCUUUACUUAGAUCACACUCAUAGACAGUCUUUACUUAGAUCACACUCACACACAUAGACAGUCUUUACUUAGAUCACACUCACACACAUAGACAGUUUUUACUUAGAUCACACUCAUAGACAGUCUUUACUUAGAUCACACUCAUAGACAGUCUUUACUUAGAUCACACUCACACACAUAGACAGUCUUCACUUAGAUCACACUCACACACAUAGACAGUCUUUACUUAGAUCACACACAUAGACAGUCUUCACUUAGAUCACAAUCGCACACAUAGACAGUCUUUACUUAGAUCACACUCACACACAUAGACAGUCUUCACUUAGAUCACACUCAUAGACAGUCUUUACUUAGAUCACACUCACACACAUAGACAGUCUUUACUUAGAUCACACUCACACACAUAGACAGUCUUCACUUAGAUCACACUCAUAGACAGUCUUUACUUAGAUCACACUCACACACAUAGACAGUCUUUACUUAGAUCACACUCACACACAUAGACAGUCUUCACCUAGAUCACACUCAUAGACAGUCUUUACUUAGAUCACACUCACACACAUAGACAGUCUUCACUUAGAUCACACUCAUAGACAGUCUUUACUUAGAUCACACUCACACACAUAGACAGGCUUCACUUAGAUCACACACAUAGACAAUCUUUACUUAGAUCACACUCACACACAUAGACAAUCUUUACUUAGAUCACACUCACACACAUAGACAGUCUUCACUUAGAUCACACUCACACACAUAGACAGUCUUUACUUAGAUCACACUCACACACAUAGACAGUCUUUACUUAGAUCACACUCACACACAUAGACAGUCUUCACCUAGAUCACACUCACACCUCUGUGGGGUCUCAGAGCACAGCAGGACAGUAAACCCAGAGCCUGGAGGGUGGGCUCCUGGUCCAGGACCUGUGUUUAGGGUAAACCAGGGUCAGACUAAGACCUUCAGAGACCGUCAGUGUCCGUGUUGUCCGUCCUCCUUCUUCUGUCCUUCAGACCUGCUCUCACUGAAGGACCCUGAUUCUCCUGGUUCACACAGAAACUUUAAACCCCCUGAACACAGAAGGAGGUUCUGGGGUCUGCGGGGUCCAUAAAAACCUGUCCUCCUCACUCUCCUCCAUCUGUGUCCUCCACAGGCCUUCGAUGCGUUCAUCUACAUCUUCUUUGCGUUGGAGAUGGUGGUGAAGAUGGUGGCUCUGGGGAUUUUCGGCAGUCGCUGUUACCUUGGAGACACCUGGAACAGGCUGGACUUCUUCAUCGUCAUGGCGGGGUGAGUCACUCAAUCCUCUUAGUCUUCAGCCGGAGCUUUAAUGUGGUCCUCAAACCAGAACCAGAACCAGGACCAACAAAUACUGCAGAUCACACUCAGGGCUAGUCCAGGCAGGCCGAAAGUCUGGACAGGGGUCUUUGUUGCUUCACCAGAGGGUCUAAGAGCGACGCCAAACGCCGACAUGACGCGGCGACACGAGUGUGAGCGCGGCAAGUGAGAGCUCUGAAGAUGAGCUGUGAUUGGUCCAUCAGACGCUUUAUACGGCGGAUAAACAGGCGAGGAGAGACGAAGUGAAAUAUAAGGCUGAGACAGAAAGCAAUUAAAGUGUGUGUGUGUGUGUGUGUGUGUGUGUGUGUGUGUGUGUAACAACAGACAAAGAAAGGAGGAGCAGACGGAGCGAGAGGUGGAGGAGGAACAUUUAUCUUCAUUUGAGCUGAAUCAGUUUUUCCUGAGUGGAUGUUCACAGAGUGUGUGUGUGUGUGUGUGUGUGUGUGUGUGCGCGUGUGUGUGUGUGUGUGUGUGUGUUGCCUGGGUUCACUUAAAGCCCUGUGAGUGAGUUUAAUCUGUCUGUGUGUUUGUAUUUGCUCUGAAAGCCUCUCCUCCUCUCCUCUCUUACUCUCCUCCUCUUCUCUCCUCCUCUCCUCCUCUCCUCCUCUCCUCUUGGCGGCUCCCAUUAGAUUAGCGUGGAGGCUAAUUCUGGAGGGCAGCGCCAAACUCACCCGCCAAAUCACAGCCGACAGUCCGCCAUGAGCUCCGUGUCUGUUAGCCGCGGGCCUCACCCCUCUCUCUCUCUCUCUCUCUCUCUCUCUCUCUCCCUCUCUCUCUCUCUCUCUCUCUCUCUCUCUCUUGCCCUCAUGCUCUGGUGAACAUCUUUCUUUUGUCAGUCCUGGUUCAGAGCGGUUCUGUCCUGACAGUAUAGGUCAACUCAGAGUCCUGAUCCAGGACCAGGUCUGACCCUCUCCUGCCCCCACAGAGUUUCUCAGGAUUCUCUCGGCGUGGACUCAUGUGUUCACUCUCUCACCCUCUCAUGCUGACCUUUAACCUCCUGCUCUCUGUCAUCAGAGGACAGCAGCUCAGGUUCAUCCCUCUCUCUCUCUGACCUGUUCAGAUGUUCUCAGGAGCUCCUGUGACUUUGUUCUUCUCCCUCAGAACCAAAUAGAACAGAACCUGCUGGAGCUGAACUCACUGUUUCACAUUUUCACCGUUUCAUUUUUUCACUUUUCACGUUUCCACCUUUUUCCCUUUUGCUGUUUUACUUUUUCACUUUUCCCUUUUUUUACAUUUUCCCUUUUUUUCUGUUUCAAGUUUCCACUGUUUCACUUUUUCACAUUUUCUAUUUUUUUAACUGUCUCCUCUUUUAACUGUUUCAGAGUUUUACAUUUUUUAUUUUUCAUUGUUUCAUGUUUUCACUUUUUUCACUUCUUCACAUUUUCAUUUAUUUUCAAAUUUUAAAGUUAAUUCUGUUUCAUGUUUACUUUUUCACUGUUUCACUUUUUUUACAUUUUUACCUUUUUUCACAUUUUUCACUUUUUCACAUUUUUACUUUUUUUCACAUUUUUUCACUUUUUCACAUUUUUUCACUUUUUCACAUUUUUACUUUUUUUCACAUUUUUUCACUUUUUCACAUUUUUACUUUUUUUUCACAUUUUUUUACUUUUUCACUUUUUCACUUUUUUCACUUUUUUUCACUUUUUCACAUUUUUUCACUUUUUCACAUUUUUACUUUUUUUCACAUUUUUACUUUUUUUCACAUUUUUACUUUUUUUCACAUUUUUUCACUUUUUCACAUUCUUUCACUUUUUCACAUUUUUUCACUUUUUUCACUGUUUCCUGAUUUUCCCCGACAUCCUGUCAGAUGAGUUCGUUCCUGCUCCGUCAGAGCAGUUCCUCACGAUGAUCUCCUCAGUUAGAGACGUGGUUUUUAGAUCUUCUUCUUCUUCAUCUCUGCCGUUUUAAAUCUUCAUGAACUCUUUACUGGGUUCUAAACUGGGCCUCCACACACACACACACACACACACACACACAUUAAAGCGUGGAUGAAGGCGUCAUGAGUGUGAAAAAUAGAGAACAAUCAGAAAACAGACGCUUCCGGCGGUCCGCUAAUUACCCUCGCCAACACAGCGGUCUGACUGAUGUUCACGGAGAGACACACUUCUGUAGAGCGUGCGCACACAUGCACACAUGCGUGCACACACACACACACGUCAGUUCUCUCUCUCUCUCUGCAGGUCUCUGUCUGACGGCUCUCUCCGUUGCUCAGAUAUUUCUUCCUGUCGUUGUUGAGGCUGUUUUUUCUUUUUGAUAAUCAGCCUGUAAAGUCAGACCUGAGUGUCGUGCCUGUUUGCUCCCUCAGAGGACGACACGUCCUGUUCUGAUUGGCUGAGAUCUCCCAGGGUGACUCUGUGACCUUCUGUCCGCUCUCUCAUCAUUAGAGCUUCCUCACAUCCUCGUCUGUUUUCAGGGCGGUUGUAAAAACAGAACCGGUUCCAUCGCGCUGCCGUGCGGCGUUUCUGUCAUUUUCAACACGCCAUGAGCUCUCUCGAAGAUCUCUCCAGUCUGGCGCUGGCGGGGUUUCACAGUGAGAGCAGAGGAAUUAGAUUGUUGUUACAAAUCGACCAAUGAGAGAGUGUUUAAGCCGCGGCGUGAUGGAGCGUCCUCAGGUCUGUGUCAUCCUGUUGUCUGCUCUAACCGCGCCGCCUUCUCUGUGGGGUUAAUGAGGCGCCGCGUUACCGCCGAUGACACGCUCCGUCAGUCUGUGUGUGUGUGUGUGUGUGAGUGUGUGUGUGUGUGUGUGUGUGUGUGUUGACUCCUCUCAUUGAACACACAUGUAGAGUAGUGUGUGUCUGUGCUGAUGGCACCGCCUUGUUAUAAAGGUGUGUACAGUCACAGCUACACACACUCCUGUCUCACACACACAUUCCUGUCCACGUAUCAGACCGAGGUCCUGUCACGUUAAAGUGUUCUGGUUCUGAGGCCCUAAAAUCUCCUCCACGCUGAGGGACCGACUCGUUAACAGAUGCCAGACUCUGACUGAGCCACAACAUCCUGCAGGCAUCUCUCUCAGAAUAGACCUCCUCCUCCUCCUCCCCCUCCUCACCUCCCUUUCAUGUCUUUCUCCCUUUUGAUGCUUUGUCACUUCUUUAUCCCCCUGCCAAUCUCUCUGGAGCGGGUUACAGAGACGGUUUUAUUUCACAUGCAGACUCACGGCUCUGAGAUCAGCCGGUCCGGAUCAAAGACCGGACCGGCUGAUGUUAAACCAUGAGCCGGGAUCUGCGGUCCAGCUGGAACGCCCGUUAACCCUUUCUGUGCUGAAACCUAAACCUCUCUCUCUCUCUCUCUCUCUCAGGAUGGUGGAGUACUCACUGGACCUGCAGAACAUCAACCUGUCAGCCAUCCGGACCGUCAGAGUCCUGCGGCCUCUCAAAGCCAUCAACAGAGUACCGAGUGAGAACAUUUCUCUUCAUAUUAGAAACACAGCUGGUGAUUUUAAUGAUCAGGGAUGAAGUUGUUUUAGAGAUUUGAGUCUAAAAAAGUUUUAAAAAAUGUUAUAAAAAGAUGAUUUUAUGAACGUUUAUCUGCGUGUCCGUUUGGAGACAAAGAUGAAGCUUCAUCAUCUGGACCUGAAGGUUCACGGUCUCGUCCUCCGGGUUCUGCCUCUGAUGGAUUUGGGUUUGUUGGUUCUGUUUGUGGUUUUUUUGGGUCUGGUUCUCCUUCAGGUUCUGACUCCAUGUGUUUGCAUUGAUCCCGGUCUCUUUGGACCCCCCUGUGCCCCCUUCUCAAACGUGGAUUUUAUUCCGUUCAGACCCGGAGUCUCGUCUUGAUCAGAUCUUCUAACCCUCCAUUAUCGACCUCUUCCUCGUCCUCCUCAUCCCAAACUCUCUCCUCGGAGAACUUUUUAAAUUCUGAUCGAUUUCUUCGUUCCGCUCCUCCAUCAGGAACCUCCUAAUCAUCCUGAGGACCAAUUAGCCGUCGGGGCGCGGAUCGAGCACGUUAGCAUCAGCAGAUCAAGCUAGUUUCAGAUCAUAGAGUUUUGGCGGUGGCGGCGGCGUUUCUCCUCUGUUGGAUGGAAUUGGUGAGAAACUGAGGGAGAGCCAGACAGGACAGGAGCAGGAGGCUCGAUAAAGAGGAGCAGAUGGGGGUCUGAGGAGGACAGGAGGAGGAGGAGGAGUCAUGUGGUCUUCAGUAAACAGCUCAGACGGGGAGGUGAAAAUGGGUUUCCAUUGUGGUGUGAGGAGGACAUCCAUCUCUAUCAGGGAGCAGCAGGAGGUGGAGAACAAGCCGCUCACAGGAGGAGAGAUGGAUGGAGGAGAGAGAGGGAGGGAGAGACGAGGAGGGAGGAGGAAAGGAACAAAAGGAGGAGAAAGACAUGAACGCCCCCCGAUUCUCUCUCUUUAACUUUCAUCUGCUCUUUUAUUUAGAUAUUUUCUCCUCUUUUCUCCUCCUCUCCUCUUCUCCUCCUCUUUUCAUCCCUUCUUUCAGCUCCCCCCUUUUCUUCAGCACAGCCUCGGGUCCUGUCUCCUCCUCCUCCUCCUCCUCCUCCCCUCCCCUCGUCUCCCCCUCUCCUCACCCAAUUAGGUCUGAUGGGACAGUGGUCUAAUGACGGAGACCCCGGGGAACAAACACAUUUAGUCCUGCCUCUGGAGACACACACACACGCACGUGCGCACACACACACACACACACACACACACACACACACACACACACACACACACACACACUCACACACAGUGAGGCGGCUGUUCUCCUUUUAAUACUCGAUGAGGAGGUGAAUCAGCCGGAGGGAGGAGUCGGUCUCUGAGGAUCAGAUUAAAACCAUCACUUUAUUUUGGACCAGAUCGACCCGCUGGUGUCAGAACUCAGGGUCCAGGUCCUGCUGAGUCCGGACUCUCCGUCCUCAGGAUGAGUGUUCGGUUACAGAAGAACCUGAACCUUAAAUAUGAGACCUGAGGAUCAGCUGGACGGGUGAACUGAAGACCGUGAGCUGGAGCGGAGACUGUAGACUACCUCUGAGCUCCUCCUCUUCAUCACUCCUCUUCUCUCUCCUCCUCUUCCUAGUUUCUCUCUCCUCUUCCUCCUCCUCCUCUUCAUCACUCCUCCUCCUCCUCCUCCUCUUCUUCACUGCUGUCACUCAGCCUGUCGGCGUUUUGCUUCAAGGCGGCGGAGUUUUUGGCGCAUUAACCCACCGUGGAGUUGUUAUUCACGAGUCUCAGCGUGUCACUAAAAACAAAAACACACCACACACACACAAACCUCCAAUCAGACUCAGGUGAGCGCACACACACACACACACACACACACACACACACUCCACCGUUUACGUCCCGGCGUGUCAUCGCAGCAGGAAAUGAGGUCAUCAGCGUUGACAGUUUGAAUCUGCAGCCGUCAGAAUAUCAGAGGAACGAUCAGGAACACGACAGGAGGACAGGAGCUGCACCUCCUCCUCCACCUCCUCCUUCAGGUGUGUGAUCAUGUGACCCUCUGUGACUCACAGGUAUGCGGAUCCUGGUGAACCUUCUCCUGGACACCCUCCCCAUGCUGGGUAACGUGCUGCUGCUCUGCUUCUUCGUCUUCUUCAUCUUCGGCAUCAUCGGCGUGCAGCUGUGGGCGGGGCUACUGAGGAACCGCUGCUACCUGGAGGAGAACUUCACCCUGUGAGUAAAACUGACCAUCUCUCUGUUUUUAUAUAUGUUUAUGUUUUAAAUAUAUAAUAUUUAAAUAUAUAUAAAAGCUCCUCUGAAGGUUCAGAGCUCGUCUGACUGAAGCAGCGUGAUCAGAAUCAGCUGCAGGCCUCCAUAUUCAUGACCCUCCACGGCGGCGCCGCCCGCUGUGUGUGUGAGCGUGUGUGUGUGUGACAGUCCCCCGUGUUCAGGUGUGUUUCUCUCUCGUGUUGCUGCCCCGCCCCCCUCCCCUCCUGAUGAGCGUGUUUUAAUGUCAGCUGCAGACGGCGCUCUGUGGUUGUGCUGACUCGGCGCUCUCUGAUGUCGAACAGCUAAACGAAAGACGACACGCGUCACCUUAAAGUUUAACGCCGACAUUAACCUCCGCGACCUUUACAGUAACGACGGUCAGGUUAUUCUAACCCGUGUUUUCUCCCAUCAUCCUCUCUGAUUCCUCUAACACUGAUGAUGACUGAGAAGAAGAGGGUCGUCGUCCGCCUGUUUUUUUGCAGACUUGUUCUCUGCAGGUUUGUCGGGGUUCUUAUUUCUUAAUUAGCGAGGUCGUUUAGCGUUAGCGCUGGAGGACUAUUAUGCUAACUAAAGAGCUAACAUUAGCGCUCUGAGAGGUUGAAGUGGACUGAGGGUCAAAGUCAAGAACCAGACUCACUCUGAAACUCCCCCAAAGACACACAUCCUCUCUUCUUCUUCUUCUUCUUCUUCUCUUUUUCUCGAGGCUGCCUCGUUAUCAAACUGGUUGUCAUGACCGCAGAGAGCGAGUCAAAAACAGCAUUUGGUCUUUAAAAGAGAGUUUGUUUAACUUUUACAGUCAGAGAAAAAGCUGGUCCUCCUCCUCCUCCUCCUCCUCCUCCUCUCUCCUCUCUCCUCUCUGUGUCGUGUCCUCCUCCUCUUCCCUCCUCCUCUUACCUCCUCCCCUCGGCCUCCAUCUUCACCUCCGUCGGUGUCAGCAGGUGUGUUCUCAGUGUGGAGCCCGGUUUGCAGCUGAUCCACGCUGUGCUCUGCCGGGUCAGCGGCGGGGGGGAAACAGCGCUCAUUCAUGCUCCGCUGGUCUGACAGCCCCCCCGCCCGUCCCUCUCCUCCUCCUCUCAUGUUCUCUCCAUCUUCAUCGCUGCCUCUGCACCAACAUCUUCUCUGAACUGACAGUUUGAAGGUCACUCAGAACUUUUCUCUGUUCUCUUCACAAACUCCGCAGAGAUGGGAGUCAGACGGUCUCACUGUAGACCCGCAGACCGGUCCUGGUCUCAGUCAGGGACCGCUGCGGUUUUAUUUAGCUCCUCUGAUUGAACUGGACUCUGUUUGGAGACAUGUGGAUCAGAACCAGCGGACAGGGUCCAGCCCAGACAUGAAAAUCCUCAUCAGACCAAAACAGACGGAAAAACAGGCAGAAGAUAAGUCCAGAAACAACGGAUGACCUUCAAGGAACGACAAACCGUCUGAAUGAAAGAGAGGAGAGAGAGAGGAAAGAGAGAGAAAGAAGAAAAAAGAGAGGAAAGAGAGAGAGAAAAAGAGAGAAAAAAGAUUAAAGGGAGUAAAGAGAGAAAAGAUAGAAAAGAGAGGAAAGAAAAGAAAAAAGAAAAAGAGAGGAAACAGAAAAAAGAGAAAAAAAGAAAAGAGUGGAAAAAGAGGAAAGAAAAAAAAGAGGAAAAAGAGAGAAAAAAGAUAAAAGAGAGGAAAGAGAACAGAGAAAAGAGAGAAGCAAGAAAAAAGAGGAAAGAAAGAGAGAAAAGAAAAAAAAUACAAUAAAAGAGAGGAAAGAAAGAAAGAUAAGAGGAAAAAGAAAAAGAGGAAAGAAAAGAGAAAACAGAAAAAGAAAAAGAGAGAAAAAUGAAUAAAGAAAGAAAAGAGAAAAAAGAGAUGAUACUGACACUAUUCAAUUUCAAUUUCAAUAAACUUUAUUAGCAUGACUGUUACUACAAUAUGACUAAAGUAAUUGAACACAUCAACAAUAACAACAAUAACAGUCAUAAUAAUAAUAAUAAUAAUAAUAAUAAUAAUAAUAAUAACAGUGUCAGUAUUAUUAAGUUGCAGUAAAAAAAACCUAUUGGUUCAUUUUUUAUUUUAUCAUAUUUGUUAUUAAUAUUAUUAUUGUUGUUAUUGUUGUUAUAAUGUAAUGCUUUGGUAAUAUUGUACAAACAGACAUGAGAAUAAAACUGAAAUUGAAAAUUGAGAUGAAAGAGGAAACAGAGAGAGAGAGAGGGAGAGAGAGAGUGAGGGUGUAAUCUGAGAGAAGAUGAGGGUCGACUGUACAGGUGUGUGUGUGUGUGUGUGUGUGUCAUGGAGCUGCUGAUGGAGAGGGUCUAUUUUAGUCUUAACAGCCCCCCCCCCCCCCGAGAGUGAGCAUCCACUGUGCGCCCUUAUUUACUCCACAGUCAUGUCAGAUCACUCUCACACACACACACACACACACACACACACACACACACAUACACAUACACCUAUCAGUCCUGACCGGCUCAGCAGUGUCUUUUCUCCAGACCAACAUCCUGCACGCAACCCACUUUUCACCGCCAGACCUGACCUAAUAGUGACCAUAGAGGCGGCACAUUAAUAGAGGCAGUGCAUUAAAAGAGGCGGAGCAUAAAUAGAGGCGGAGCGUUAAAAGAGGCGGUGUAUUAAGAGUCUACGGGCGUGCGACGAUUGUGUAGCUAACCAGGGGGAUACGUCGUUCGAGCCAAGCGUCAUCACAGCGAAUCUACCGCCGACUAAAUACAACGUUACAAAGCCGUCGGCGGUUUCACGGCGAAUAAUCGACUCAUCAGAACAUGAUUGGACAGAUAACAGAACUCUGAGAGUCUGAGAGUCUGCACGCCGUCAGCUGUACAGGUAUCACAGGAAGUAAAGAUGGAGGUAAUCACUCCAGAAUUUACAGCUGUGUGUGUGUGUGUGUGUGUGUGUGUGUGUGUGUGUGUGUGUGUGUGUGUGUGUGUGUGUGUGUGUGUGUGUGUGUGUGUUUGAGCUGAUUUCACGCCAGUGUACACACAAUCUCACACACACUUUCCACCUGACUUAGUUUACAUGAUUAAACAGCUGAACACUCCUCAAACAAACACACACACACACACACACACACACACACACACAGCGCCACCGCCGUCUCCACAUCAGGACGUUCUGUAGAAAUGUAGAGGACACGGUCCAACACCGGGUCAGUACCGGGUCUUUAAAGACGUGUUCAUCUGAGGACGGGACGACCUUCAGGCUUCAUCUGAGGUCGUUCACGGUUUUAUUAUAGAAAAUGAAAAUGAUCUGGUACGGAUCGUCGCCGGUCUCUGAUUCUGUUCUCAGACCCGGAGCCGUGAAAGUUUCUGGGCCCAGAGUGGAGGUUAGGUCUCUGAAGGACAGGUCUCUGCUGGUGCUGGACCCCCCCUCAGGCCUCGGGUUUUUCUCGGGUCCUGACCAAAGCCUGACCCCGCUCCUGUCAGCACGCCUUAAGCUCGCUGCUCUGGCUGAAGGCGCCGCUCGCCGGUUCAUAGCUGAGUCAGGUUUUCUCUCACGCUGAUCCAGAUCGUGGUCUGGACCAGGUUCUUUUCCUUCUCUGACACUAGAGUGAGAAAGCAGAGAAAGGUCCAGUAUCUGUGGUUGGGGCCGUAUCCAUGGCAACAGUCACCUGUGUGGAAAUAACAGACUGCUGCAGUGACCUGCUGUUCUGUACCGACCAAUCAGAAUCACGUCACUGACCGGGUUUCUCACCUUUGACCUCCACAGCUCCUCGGGGAUGACCCCGCCCCCUCCGUACUACCAGCCCGAGGAGGACGACGAGCGCCCCUUCAUCUGCUCGCUGGCGACCGAUAACGGCAUCAUGUCCUGUUCGGACGUGCCGGCGAGACGCGAAGGAGGACGCACGUGCUGCCUGGACAGAGAGGACGCCCUCCACCGGCAGUCUCUGGGCCUGAGUCCGGAGCCCAUCGCUAACGGGAGCGGCGCCGGCGAAGCUCUGGGUCUGUGCAUCAACUGGAACCAGUACUACACCCGCUGCCACACAGGAAGCAGUAACCCCCACAAGGGCGCCAUCAACUUCGACAACAUCGUGUACGCCUGGAUCGUCAUCUUCCAGGUGAGUUUGUGGUUAAACGUUGAAGAAGAUUCUGGAUCAGCAGCUCUGUAUGAAGUCAUGUGACCCGUCCUGUCCAAUCAGAUGUUUAUUGAUUAUCGUAUAAUCCUUUAAAGGGUUAAACUGUCAAAGCGACAGUCUUCGUUUCCUCUUCGUUAAAGUUUCCUGUCCUUAAACUCCUGUGAGACGUUUUCAGUGACGCUCUCUCCUCCUUCAGGUCAUCACUCUGGAGGGCUGGGUGGAGAUCAUGUACUACGUGAUGGACGCUCACUCCUUCUACAACUUCAUCUACUUCAUUUUACUCAUCAUCGUAAGUACACCUCCUCCUCCUCCUCCUCCUCCUCCUCCUCCUCAGCUGUGAUUUAUGAGUGUUUAUGAAUAUUUAAACACAGAGGUGUAGAUGAGACUCUGAGAUAUGACCAUCGAAGAAAGUAAGAGGACAUCUGUAACUCGGGCUGGGCGAUACAGGAGAAAGUUUAUCACGAUAUAUUUUUGUCAAUCAGUCGAUAUCGAUAAAUAUCAUGAUAUAAAAAAAAUCACUUGUCAAUUUUAAAUGACAGUGUUAAUUAGUAAUCUUCUGCAUCUGUAAGGUCUCUGUGUCUCUGACGUUUUGUCGGACUGAAUGUUCAUCUGUUUUAAAGUGCGAUGGUUGGGUGUAGCUGCUGUCUGCUAUGAUGCAGUUGUUUGAUACUUGGUUUUAAUUCAGAACAUUAAUUAAUUCUAGAAUUAAUGAAAACUGUCGAAAAGUAUAUUGAUCAUGUUUUAUAUCGGGGAAAUUAAUUUACGAUUUAUAUCGUUAUCGUUUUAUCGCCCUACUGUGGCCUCCACCAUGGAUGGUCUGAACGAGGAGAUCUUCUGCUGCAGGGUUGAUCCUAAAAGCUGUGAUAGUGAAUCUGCAGAGAUUUGAACCAUAAAGAGAGAGAGACAGAGAGAGAAGGAGAGAGAGAGACAGAGAGAGAGAGAGAGAAAGAGAGAGAGAGAGAGAGGAGAAAUGGAGGGUAAAUCUUCACACUAACAUACAAAAACACCGACGAGUAAUCAGAGAGGGAGAGCAGGCAGACUGACCCUCUCCUCCCUCUCAGCGUCCUCCUCCUCCUCCUCCUUCUCAGACUGAGGGGAGUCUUGGAUGGAGACUGCAGCUGUAGAUCUCCUCCUCCUCCUCCUCCUCCUCCUCCUCCUCCUCUCUCUGACUCCUCUGACCCGAGUCUGCUGUUCCAGAGAGAGUAAUCUAAAGCAGCCAAAGAUAGAAGACCUGAGGUCAGACUGGGAUCACCUGUCCUCUGUGUGUGUGUGUGUGUGUGUGUGUGUGUGUGUGUGUGUGUGUGUGUGUGUGUGAGGAGGCGUGGCCCCUCAUUGAUGCUGAGCUGUGAUUGGUUGGUUAACCUCAUUAGUGAUGAAGUCUUUGCAGUGAUUUCCACUCCGGAGUCCGGUCUGUUUGUACUGAUUGAUCUGCAUUUACACACACACACACACACACACACACACACACACACACACACACACACACACACACACACUCUUAGUGGUGAUCUGUGUGUGUGUGUGUUUUCCUGUGUGUGUGUUCAUGCAUAAUUCAUCUCUGAGUGUGUGUGAUGUCGGACCGCUGAUCAGAACCAGAGAGGAGACCCACUCAGAAAUCAAAGACCCUCACACCUGCAGACCUGCUCUGACCUGCAGGACGCAGAUGGGCGUCUCUCCUCCCUCUGCACACACACACACACACACACACACACACACACACACACACACACACACCCUCCCUCACCUCCUGCUGCACGUUUGAUCUUCUCUGCGGAUGAAAGUCUGUCGGUCGGUCUGAGGUCUCUGGAUUUUGUGGGCUCAGGUUUGAUGGAGUUUACCUGCUGGUGUGUGUGUGUGUGUGUGUGUGUGUGUGUGUGUGUGUGUGUGUGUGUGUGUGUGUGUGUGUGUGUGUGUGUGUGUGUUGCAUCAGUCCAGGCUCGAUCAGCUGAUAUUGAUCUAAUCAAUGUUCUGGAUCCAAUAAAAAACACUUAGUAACCCUUUACAAUAACCAUAACUUAUCAAUCGUAAACAGAUAGUUUAUUAAUAUUUAAUCAUCACUUAUAAAUACAAUAUAGACCAUUAAUUAGUAGUAAAUUUUAUCAUUUUAAAAAACAAAUAUUAACCAUUUAGGAGGAGGAGGAGGAGGAGGAGGAAGAGGUGGAGGACGGUCUGAGAGAGUCAAGCUCUUCAGACUCUGACCUCUGCCGUGGGCAUGUGUGGUCUCCGUCUGUCUGCUCCAAUCAGACGGGGUUUUGGUAGGAAGCCAGACCUCGGCGACCUUUAGCAUGAGCGCGAACAUUCCUACGGGGGAUUUGGCGAACGUUAGAGGAAGAGGUGGCGAGUGUGUGAGCGUGAGAGAGAACACAGACCUUCAGAAACCUCCUCUUCCUCUGAAUCAGGAACAUCAGCAGGUUCUGGAUCUGCUGCUGGAGGAUUUAGAUGAUCGUCUGAGUCUGAGCUCCUCCUUCUAUGAACUUUGACCUUAGAGAUCUUCUCCGCACAGUCCUCCGUCUCUGACCUUCUGUUUGUUCUUCCACGCCCCCUCAGAUCGGUUCCUUCUUCAUGAUCAACCUGUGCCUGGUCGUCAUCGCCACCCAGUUCUCGGAGACCAAGCAGCGGGAGCACCAGCUGAUGCAGGAGCAGAGGGCGCAGUGCCUGUCCUCCUCCACCCUCGCCAGCAUGGCGGAGCCCGGAGACUGCUACGAGGAGCUCUUCCAGCUGGUCUGCCACGUCCUCCGCAAGGCCAAGAGGAGGUCUGCCGCUCUGUACUACACGCUGAGGGGCAAACCGCCGCCUGUCAGCAGGGGGAACAGGCGAGGCGGAGGGAACGCGCACGGAGAUCGCCAUCAUUCCCGACAAUCCAGAGGUGAGACCGCCUGAGGGAUGUCUCAGACCUUUGUGUGACACUGAUUUGAGCUCUGUGUAUCUUUGCGCCAGAAGACUCUGGUCCUGAAGGAGGUGUGUGUGAAUGAAACAACAGACAAAGAUAUGUUUUUAUGUUUUCUAUUUAAAUAAUAUUUCAACAGAAUCAACAACAAAAAGAAAACAAAACAAUUAUUACAAUUUAAAGGAUGUUUGAGAUUUUGUCCAGGAGAAAAAAAGUGACCUUGCUUAGAAGUGAGCGGAGGGGCGGAGCUGCAGACAGCACUGAUGCUCUGCACUGUUUUAUAAUCAAUGAAUACACGUUCUGGACAUUUGAAGGAUUUUAUGAACUCCCCCAGACAGCCCCCCCAAAAGAGGACAUGUCCAGGCAAAAGAGGAUGUAUGGUCACCCCAACACACGGACCUUCAAUGUCAUUCAGGCUAUUCAGAUAAGCUGAAAACAAUCGCCCUCUAAAUCGGAAUAUUUGCUGUCCCAAAAAAAUAUAAAGUUCUCUAACUUGAGAGCUUACUGUAGAGUAAUACAAGUACAUCUCUAUAUGUUGGAGCAUGUUUCUGGUGUUUCCACCUUCGCAUGUUAUCACUGCUCGACAAACGUCGCACUGUUGUCGUCUUUAUGAGUUAAAUUAGGCCCCGCUUUAGGUCAUUUCUGCCUACUUCUGCCAUGUUUUUCCCUCUGUCCUUGUUCCGGAUCACAUAGACUGUUUUUCAAGGCACCCGGAGGAAAGGAAUCGUUAAGAUAAAAUGUAAAUGAUGUCGAUGGAUUGAACUAUUUGGAACCCGUUCUCAACAAGAACUGGUUCUUAAAUCCCAUCGCUGUAUAAUUUAUAGUCGUGAUGAGGGUGGAGUUGAUAGUGAUGAUCUACAGUCGGAUAAAAAAACCUCCUGAAUGAAUAUCAUUUUAACCAAAAAGAAAUUUAAUGUGGGUAUUACACACAAGCUUUAUAUAUUACUCAAUAUUCAAUAUUCAAAUACUCAAUCAAAAGAAAGUAUCAAUAAUUCAAGUUAAUAGAAUCUCAAGUGAACUUUAAACAUUUCCAAAAUAUCAAACAGUUACAAACCCAAGAAGAAAUAAAUACCAAUCUAGUUGUGCAACAUUAUCAUAAAUCAUGGAGCGAUUAUUCAGUAAUAGAGUUCAGCCUCCACCAAACCUCACUGCAGUUUAACAUGUUUCUACAAAAAAGUGCUAAAGCUGCUCAAAUUAACACGUCGCAGGGAAAAAAAUGAGCGACUGAAACGUCAAUCCAUGGCCUACAUUUUGGCUUUCUUCUCUUAACAACAUUAAAUACUGAACCUUGAUUUUCUUCGGUUUUACUCCCUCUCUUUAUUUCACCGUCCAACAGCGAACACGGCUGAAAACUCUGUGAGGUAUUUAAUGGUGUUAGUGACUGUUCUACAACAUCAUACAGGGUUUUUAAUGAAAGGACAGAACGCUCACCAAAGAUCAGGACAGUUUCAUACUCCUGUCUGUGUCUUUGCAGCCCACUGUCCUCACCAGAACAAACAGGACCACCCCUCACAGCCUCUGUCCAACUCCAUCAGCCUGAGCGUCCCCCAGAGUCCCGAGGACUGUCCCAUCUGUGCGCUAUCACUGAAAGAGGGGACGAAAACCGUGGGGGACUCUGCUCCCGGGGAGGAGGACGAGGAAGAGGAGGUGGUGAAAGAAACGGACAAGGAGGAGAACCAUCUAGAGGAGAGGGAGGAGAAGAAGAAGAAGAAGAGGAGGUCCUGCUUUGGACACUGCAGAGACAUGUGGGACGACAUCAGGAGGAAACUGUGGGGCAUCGUGGAGAGCAAGUACUUCAGCCGAGGGAUCAUGAUCGCCAUCCUCAUCAACACCAUCAGCAUGGGCAUCGAGCACCACAACCAGGUGAGACCAGGAACCAGGAACCAAAACAAAAGUGAACCAGGAACCAAAACAAGGCUAGAUCAGGAACUAAAACAGAGAGCACCACAACCAGGUGAGACCAGGAACCAGGUUAGACCAGGAACUAAAACAAGGUCAGACCAGGAACUGAGUCAGAGAGCACCACAACCAGGUGAGACCAGGAACCAGGAACCAAAACAAGGCUAGAUCAGGAACUAAAACAGAGAGCACCACAACCAGGUGGGACCAGGAACCAGGUUAUACCAGGAACUAAAACAAGGUCAGACCAGGAACUGAGUCAGUGAGCAUUACAACCAGGUGAGACCAGGAACCAGGAACCAAAACAAAAGUGAACCAGGAACCGAAACAAGGCUAGAUCAGGAACUAAAACAGAGAGCACCACAACCAGGUGAGACCAGGCACUAAGGCGGGUCAGACCAGGAACUGAAACAAGGUUAGACCAGGAACCAAAUCAGGUCAGAACGGGAACAGACUCCAACAAGCUGCUACAGGAACCUUCUCCUCCUUCAUUUCUUCCUCGUUCGUCAUCCGCUCUCUGUUUUCUCUCUCCUCAUCCUCCUUCAUAUCUCCUCAUCAUCCUUUAUUUCUCCUCUUCCUCCUUUAUUUCUCCCUCACUCUUCAUCCCCUCUCUGUUUUCUCUCUCCUCCUUCAUUUCUCCUCAUCCUCCUUCAUUUCUCUUCCUCCUUCAUUUCUCCUCUUUCUCCUUCAUUUCUCCCUCACUCUUCAUCCUCUCUCCUCUUUCUCCUCUUCUGUCUCUCUUAAUUCCUCUGUGAAUCCCGCUCUCCUGUCUUCACUUGCUCUUUUGUUCCCCGCCGCAUUUUUUUCUUCUUUUCUUCUUUCUUUCCUGCCUUCCUUCCUUUUAUCCUUCCUUCCCUCCUUCAGUCCUUACCCCAAGUGUCUCCUCUACUCUCUGACUCCCCUCCCCCCUCAGUUUCCCUCUGUCUGCUCCUCUUUCAUCCCUCCAUCCUCCCACUCGCUCUUUGACAGUCGUUGCUUUCUCUCUCGUCUCUGAAGACUCUAAAAAUAAAUGAGGGAUAUGGGGGGAGUGGAGGAAGAGAGAGGAGAGAGGAGAGAGGGGAGAGAAGAGAGGAGAGAGAGGAGGGAGAGGAGAAAGAGGAGAAAGAGGAGAGAGAGGCAGAUUCUGGUUACACAGAAGUUUUUAGUCCCUAAGUGACUCUGUGUCAGUGUGAGCAUGUGUGCAGAAACACACAUCAGUGUUCAGGGUCAUAGUCAGGUCAGGUCCAGAGUCAGUUCAGGGUCAGAGUCGGGUCAGGUCCAGAGUCGGUUCAGGUCCAGAGUCGGUUCAGGUCCAGAGUUGGUUCAGGUCCAGAGUCCUCCUCCCUCCACAGAAGAAAGUUGAACCUCAAACCAAGACUUGAUGAACUUCUCUGAAAACAGACAAACUCUGAUAUAAGGAGAAGGUUCGACUGUUAGAGAGGGUUAAUCUGAAACUCACUCACUCACUCACUCACUCACUCACUCACAGAUAUAUUAUUCAGUAGAGAGUGAACUGGGUUAAAGGUGAGGAGUGAAGUGAAGGAAGAGGAGGAGGUGGUGGAGGAGAGGAGGAGGUGUGCUAUUGUCUCUCUCUCUCCUCUAAUGGAGUAUUUUUCCUCCUCUUCUGUCACGUCGUCUUCCUCACCUGAACAAUCCCUCUCCUCCUUCAGCCCUCGUUCUGCUCGCUCGCUCUCCUCUGAUCGACAGGAGGAUAUUGAUCGGGAAGAGACGAGUCUGCCGGAUAAUGAGACUCAGAGUGAGGAGAAGGAGGGAAGGAGGGAAGGAGAGAGACUAGGAGAGAGACGGAUUAGGAGGGAGGUGUGAAAUGUGUUUUUCUCCGACAUGGUUUUCUAACUUUGGGAAGACUCACACACAGACACACACACACACACACACACAGUAUAUGAGAUGUGGUGAUACCAUGGAGCUAGUUCAGGCAGGUUCCUCCUGAUUCUCGGCUGUAAUUGAGCUCCAGGGUUUUAAGUCUCCAUCACCCUCUGAGCUCCUACAUUUCCCAGCAUGCACCUGCAGGCUCACACUAGAGCGGCCUUAGGUUACCAUGUCAGCAGCUAACUCCUCCUCCUUCUCCUCCAUCUUCUCCUUUGUGUGUUUCUCCACCCAGCCUGAAGAGCUGACCAACGUCCUGGAGAUCUGUAACAUCGUCUUCACCAGCAUGUUCACCCUGGAGAUGAUCCUCAAGCUGACCGCCUUCGGCUUCUUCGAGUACCUGAGGAACCCCUACAACAUCUUCGACGGGAUCAUCGUCAUCAUCAGGUAGAAACGCCGGAUUAGCCCCGCCCCUACGCAGCGCGUCCAGGCUGGUCCAGGUUAUCUGUGCUCCUGCAGAGUCAUUUCAGGAGAAGAUCAAACACGGUUGAUUUUGGGUUGUUGUUGCUCAAUACGUGAUUAGAUUCAAGAUCCGAUUCCUCGCUUGGUCACAUGCUCUCUUUGACUCCGCCCUUUCUUCUGUCGGUUAGCGUUUAUUUUUUGGAGUCCGUCUCCAUCACAGCUCCUGUAGACGAGUUGGAGCUACGGUAGAAGGGUGUGUCGAAUACAGCGAGGUGAUUGGAUGGAGAGGCGGAGCAGGAGAUUGACCAAUAGGAGCUGUCCGGGACGGAUGGCUCCUAUUGGUCAGUGUUUUUGCAGCCCUGCUCCUGAUAGGGUGAACGGAUUUUUUCCGAUCUUUUUUCGCUUCACUUUGUGGAGAUCAAACUAUAGGACCAUGGUCGCCAUAGAAACGAGGUUCAUAAUAAUUACAGAUCUCUGCAAUCGUCGACCAUGACUGUAAGGUUCCUGUAGAGACACGGAGAACCUUCAAGUCCAUGUGAGGUUGUUUCUUUUGUUCGGACUGAGUCUGUGUCUGCUGAGAGGAGUGAUUUAUUCUGCUUUAUAAUCCUCCUCUGAUCUGAUCUUAUCGAGUGUUUUCCUCCUUUUCUUUCAUUAAAACUCGUUUUUUAAUCUCCUCUCUCUCUCUCUCUCUCUCUCUCUCUCUCUCUCUCUCUCUCUCUCUCUCCGUUCAGUGUGUGCGAGAUCAUCGGGCAGGCAGACGGCGGCCUGUCGGUGCUCAGGACCUUCAGACUGCUCAGGGUCAUUAAGCUGGUGAGGUUCAUGCCGGCGCUGAGGCGACAGCUGGUGGUCCUGAUGAAGACGAUGGACAACGUGGCGACCUUCUGCAUGCUGCUCAUGCUCUUCAUCUUCAUCUUCAGGUAACAGAGCUGUUCUCCUCCUCCUCCUGCUGAUGGAGGAUUGUUUUUCUCAUGGUUUCAGGAUUUUGAACACUUCAAUAUUAAAUUAGGAUGUGCAGAUUACAGGAGGAUGGAUCGGUGCAGACAGACGUAGCCCGAGGCCUGAGCACAGUUUGUACAAAAUAACAGGAUUAACUUCCAAUUAUCGGAGUUUCACUGAAUUUUUACUCGAACCGUGUCUGAGCUCAGUCCAGACUCUCGCUCUCUCUCUGACCUGUAUCUGCUUCUCCAGGAUAAGAACUGAUGCCAGAGUUAGAGGGACCUAAACGGGUUUUUCUGUCCCCUGAAGGGGUCUGUAUUGGACCAGGUUUAACAUGUGAGUCCCUGCAGAAUCUGACCGAGGAGGCGAGAACCGUCAUAAAUGAAUCUAUUAAAAGACGGAGUUAAAUUUAUGAUUGAAUAUAUAAGUCAGAUAUAAACCACCCAUUAGUAAUGCUUUGACUCCCACAGUGUAAACUCUUUAUGUUUCAUAUAGAGGGUCCGUUUAACUAUAGAGCUCCUAAUUACAUUUCCAUAAAUCCCAUUAAAUAUCAAACAGGAGCUUUAAUGAGCGACCAGAUGGAGACGUUAGAGCGGACGUUAGACGGUAAUUUACUGUCAUUUAGAACCAGGCAGUCUAAUCUGUGACCAGCACACGUGUACACGCACACACACACACAUAUACAAGUGUACACACACAUGCACACAUAUACACAUGUACGCGCACACACACUCUUACAAACAUACACAUGCAUACAUUCACACGCAUAUAUAUAUACACAUGUACCUGCACAUGCAGACACAUAUGUGUACAUACACACACAUAAACACAUGCACACACACACACACACAUACAUACACACACAUGCACACGUGUACACACAUGCACACAUGUACACACAUGCAAACACACACACACACACACACACACACAUAUACACACAUGCACACAAAUAUACACAUGCACACGUACAUGCACAAACAUGCAAAAGCACACAUGCACAUACGUACAUGCACACAUGCACACACAUACACACGUACACAUGCAUGCACACACAUGCACACAUGUACACACAAACAUGCACACACAUGUUCACAUGUAUGUAUGCAAACACAUGCACACAUGUAAACACACACGUGCACACACACAUGCAUGCACACACACACACACACGCAUGUAUGCAAACACAUAUACACACACACGUACACAUACACACGUGCACCCAUGCACACAUAUACACACACACACACAUACACACACACACACACACACACACACACACACACACACACACACACACACACACACACUUCAGCUGCUCCAUCACAGUCAUCAGUAUUAAUCCUCUUUAUUAUCAGUUUUAUCAUAAUAUUAUCAGUUCUAUGAGUCUUUGAAUCAGACCUGCUUUAUAAGAACAAAAAUCUGAACAUGACAGAAACGAGCUCGGAGCAGCUCAGUCCUGCUUCUACCUAAACGUGCGCACGUGUGCUGCAGCUUCUAGAGUGUGUGUAUCUGUACCUGCCAAACAGCUUGCAGCAGAGCGGUCCAGCAUACAGUAGGUGUGCCAGCACAGAUGGCAGCAUAGCUUUAAGUCGGGUAAUGAUGGCAAAAGAAAGCAGCUCAGGCCCAUACAUCCAGGAGGAGUCCAGGAGGAGUCCAGGAGGAGACCAGGAGGAGCUGCACUGUUGAUGAGCAGACUGCAAACUGCUGCAGUGAGACAGUGAGGAAGGACACAGGAGAACCUGACAGUCAGCUCUGAAACAGAAAUAUGAACCUUCAUGUUUUUUAAUGUCAAAGUACAGGAACGUUAUAUUACGGUAUAACAGGAUACUGUCAGUACUAUUGGACGAUACAGUAUUACAGUCCUAUAAUAUACAAUUAAAAACUCCACCCACUUCUCUAAUGAACCAAUCAGAGAGCACAGAGUCGUUGUUUUCCUCACUCAGUGUGAAGAUCAUGAAUCGAAGCGUGGUCUCUGUUCCUCUACACGAUCAUCAGGAGCUCCUGACUCCUCAGUGUAGAUCGAUGGUCCUUCAGGACUUGUUUGUGGUAGUUUUGAUGUGAGAAGGUCUGACUGUGUUGCAGUAUCCUGGGGAUGCACAUCUUUGGCUGUAAGUUCAGCCUGAAGACAGAAGCAGGAGACACCGUCCCUGACAGGAAGAACUUUGACUCUCUACUGUGGGCCAUCGUCACCGUCUUUCAGGUGAUGAUAAAGACUCACUGUACACACACACACGCACACACACACACACACACACACACACACACACACACACACCACACACCUACACACACACACACGUGGGGAUACUUAUGGGAUUAUGAUCUCUGCAGAUUCUGACCCAGGAGGACUGGAACAUGGUGCUGUAUAACGGCAUGGCGUCCACCUCGCCGUUUGCCGCUCUCUACUUCGUGGCUCUGAUGACCUUUGGAAACUACGUGCUCUUUAAUCUCCUGGUGGCCAUCUUGGUUGAGGGUUUCCAAGCUGAGGUGAGACGUCUGCAGGUCUGCAGGUCACAGUCACCGUCCUCCUGGAGUAAAUCCAUGACAAAAAAAACAGACCAGAGUGAGGGACUGUGAAACCCCAAACUUAAAAACAGAAAAAAACGUUUGACUUUAAAAAAAAGGGAACAUCGAGGUCCAGAGAGAAGAACUACGGCUGCAGAAAAGAGGCGGGUUAGUCCUUUAAAAAAAUCGCAGCUUGGUCCUUUAAAAGGUUUGAAGUCAGAGUUGAUCCUGAUUCUGUGUUUCCGUUUUAUCAUAAACUGAUUUCUCUUGUUUUCAGAUGAUCUUGUGAUGAAUCUGUUUCUUCAGUAUCUGCUCCUCCUCUCUUUGCACCUCCUUUCCCUCCUCGUGUCCUAAUGUCCCUCUUCUUUCCUCCCUCUCUCCCUCUGCUCCUCACCCAGGGUGAUGCCAAUCGCUCCUACUCUGACGAUGACAGGUCUUCCUGUAAUUUUGAGGAGAACGAUAAGGAGAAGGACCCUCUGCAGCUCUCAGGUAUGUGUCCUCUGAUCUUCUCGUCAUGGUCGGAGUGGUCGUGGUCGUUCCUCAGCUGUUAAACAGAGACCUUCGAUAUUUCCUGAAACCCUCUGCCCCUCAGACGGACCGACAGUCCUGAUGGUAGCAGAUGUGUAAACACUCAGAGGUGGAGCUCCAGGGUCACUGUGUUCUCCUCCUGUUGUUUUAUCUCCACCUGUCUUUACUGUAAGCUGCUCAGACCUCAGCCCCCUCUCCUCCUCCUCCUCCUCCUCCUCCUCCUGAGGCGGCUGCAGGUUGGAGGAGCGUUUAGCAGCACAUUAGAGGAGUGUUUCUGAGGAGUCCUCCUGAGCCUAAAUGGGUCUUUAAACAGCAGCUUACCUGGCAGAGAAACCACAUUUGGACUGUUAAUGGUACCUGGAGACACCAGAGUCUCCUCUAAAUGGACCUUCUGUUUCCAUUAGAGGUUCCUCCCUGGAUCCUGUCAGCUGGUUCAGACUAAAUGCCCCCCCCCCCUCAGUCUCUGUAAAGGUUUCCUCUGACAUCUUUAAAUCCUUAAACUCGUUACUCUGCUCACCUGUCCAAUCUCUCCCUCCUCUCUCCCUCCUCUCUUGCCUCCUUGUUUCCUUUCCUCCAGACCCAAAGAUCUGCACCCUGACCCCUAAUGGACACCUGGACCUCCCCGCUCUGCCCUCCAGUCUGUUUCAGGGGGAGAGGCUGCCCUACCCUCUGGGCUCCAGGAAGAACAGCGUCAUUUCUCUGGGCAGAGCGAACCUGGAGCAGCGGACUGUGGUGAGUUAGAGCUGAUACCUGUGUGUGUGUGUGUGUGUGUGUGUGUGUGUGUGUGUGUGUGUGUGUGUGUGUGUGUGUGUGUGUGUGUGUGUGUGUGUGUGUGUGUGUGUGUGUGUGUGUGUGUGUGUGUGUGUGUGUGGGGAUGUGUGCUCUGUCUGCAUUGCCUCUAUAAUAUAGAGGUGAUGUGUGCUCUGUCUGCCUCGGCUCUAUUAAACAGAGGGGAGGUGUGCUCUGUCUGCAUUGCCUCUAUAAUAUAGAGGGGAGGUGUGCUCUGUCUGCCUUGACUCUAUAAUACAGAGGGGAGGUGUGUUCUGUCUGCCUCAGGCUCUAAAGAACAUAGGGGAGGUGUGCUCUGUCUGCAUUGCCUCUAUAAUAUAGAGGGGAUGUGUGCUCUGUCUGCCUCGGCUCUAUUAAACAGAGGGGAGGUGUGCUCUGUCUGCCUCAGUUUUUGAUAGUUCACAUUAAAAUGAAAAUACUCCUUUUCCCUCUCUGAGCGUCUCCCUGAUUGAUCUUGAAGUGGAUUUCUGGACUCCUCAAGCAGAGCUGGAUUUUGUGGGUUCCUCCUCAGUAGACUCUCAUGUGUUGAUAAGACUCCGGAGAACUUCCUCAUCCGUGUUUUCGCACCGAUGCACAGCAGUAACCUGUGGUCUCUGGAUUAGUUCUGGUCCAUAUUUGAGGUUCAGACUAACUGUGGAUCUUUCUCUCUUUCUCAGUAUCCGGGCCGGACCUAUCAGAGCUGGAGCCGCCCGUUUCACCCCCAGCCCCAGGCCUUGUGGGCCCGUCGGUCCAGCUGGAACAGCCUGGGAGGGUGCCGCCCCUGCUCCUCCUCCUCCCCCGCAGCCAGUCCAGUCCUGACCCCGCCCUCUGCCAGACCCUUCUAUGGUUACGGCCUGGCUGGUCUGGGCGGGAUGGUCGGAGGAAGUCUGCGCAUCCGUGGUCCCCGUGCGUCCUCGUCCCCGCACCGCCACCUCCACGGUGUCCACCCAGACGAGGUGGAGUCUCUGCUCUCCCCUCCCGCCGAGGCCCCUCACUCCCUCCACCUCCCCCACCCCGUGCUUCCAGGACCCUUCGCCCCCAGGAGGGACCGCAGAGCUCUGUCGCUGGAGCUGCCCAACCUGCUGCAAGUCCCGGGACAGCCGCACCCUCCACCCCCGCCACUCCAUCCACCGCCCCCCAUGACGCUCCAUGCUCCUCACAGGAAGAAGAGCUUCUCUGGGGGGGUGGUGAUCAGUGGGGGUGGUGGGCUCGACAGUCUGGAUGUUUCAGUGGGAAUACACCAGGACUGUAACGGAAAGACCCCCUUGUCUCUGCUUCUCCAGGCCUCUUCCAGGAACCAGUCCGAGCCGCCUGGGGGGGCCAACCCCCAGAACCAGCUGAUGGCCGAAGUCUUCCCCCAGGUCAACACCCGCAGCAAGAACCAGGAGGACCUGGACGACGACAUUGACUAUGUGAGAGACUGUCAGCUGACUGUGUGUGUGUGUGCGUGCGUGUGUGUGUGUGCGUGGGACCAUGACAGCGUUGACGGUCUUCCUGUCUGUUUGUUGCAGAGUUUGUGUUUCCGUAUCCAGAAGAUGUUGGAGGCGUACCGACCUGACUGGUGUGAGAGCAGAGAGGACUGGUCUGUGUUUUUGUUCUCCCCAGAGAACCGGUGAGUCCACGUUAUCAUUUACUGUCAGACCUGAAAAACCGUUCAGAGUUUAGGUAACAAUGAACGGUGAUGAAACUGUGACUGUUAUGAAGAACAGCUGAUUUAGACUCGGGUUCUGCUGGGUCUACUGGGUCUGAUGUGAGAUUUAAGAGAACAGAGAGGUGGAGGAGAAAUAUGAGAAAUAUGGAAAAUAUAAGUUAUAUAAAAAAUAACAGAAAAAUAUAUAAAUUUGAGAAAUAAAGGAAAAAAGAGAAAUAUGAGAAAUAACAGUAAUAUGGGAAAAAAUUGAAAUAUAAGAUAAAUGACAUAUAUAGGAAAUAUGUGAAAUAAAAGAAAAAUUGAAAAUAUGAGAAACAUGGAAAAUAUGAGGAAAAAAAGGAAAUAGAAAUAUAAAAAAUAUGUGAAAAUGAGAAAUGUAGGAAAUUUGGAAAAAGUAGAAAUAAAUGUUACAAUAUAUGAAAUAUGAGAAAAAAAUCAUUUAUAUAGGAAAAUUUGUGAAAUAUAGGAAAUAUGAGAAAUAUGAGAAAUAUAAGUAACAUGAGAAAAAAAUUGAAAUAUUAUAUAAACAACAAAUGUAGGAAAUUUGUGAAAUACAAGAAAUAUUGAAAACAAGAGAAAUAUGGAAAAUAUGAGAAAAAGAGGAAAAAUGAUACAUAUGAGAAAUAAAGGAGAAAUGGGAAAUAUGAGAAAUAAAGGUUAUACUAGAAAUAUGAGAAAAAAAUCAUUAAUAAAAAAAAUUGUGAACUAUAGGAAAUAUGAGAAAAAAAGAAAGUAUCUUUGAGUUUUGGAUGGGUUAUGUCUGAGUCCUUCUCUGAGUCCACAUUAUCUGGUUUGACUUCAGUGAAUUUUUGAUUUUCCUUUUCUUUGGUUUUGUUGGUUCGGGUCAGAAAAAUCGGUAGAUAAUCGGCGUAUUAUAUUGAGGAGAAGAACGAGGAGACAUGUAAGCUGAAGGAAACUCUGAUGAAGAUACAGGGACAAAGAUCAGGAGGACGGGCACUCAGGGGUUCAGUUCUUGGGUCACAUAUGCUGAACAUUAACGGGGUUCUGAUCCGGUCUUCUGAAGGACUAAAGAGUCUGAGAGUUUAUCUGAAUGUUCGGUCUGCAGAGGAGACACUGUUGAUGAUUUUAAUAAAAGGCAAUCAGAAGUCUCCAGAUUACUCUGUAAUAAACACAACAACCCCCCCACUCCCACUCCCACUCCCACAGCUCCAUUCACUUCAGCCUGUGUCCUUUUAUUCCCUCCAAUAAACACGACAGCAAACAGAUUUAAUUGCUUUUUGGCAGAACACUGUGACACACACACACACACACACACACACACACACACACACACACAGGAACUUUUGAAGUGCACGCUCAGUGUGUGUGUGUGUGUGUGUGUGUGUGCGCUCAGCAGUGUUGUGUGUUAGAGUAUUUAGAGUCAGAGUGAAGUACACGAGUCUGUUUACUCACUAAGGUGAGAAGGAGCUCACUCAGGACCCCCCUUCUCUGAUUGGAUGGUUUAAACAGGUGUGUGUGUGUGUGUGUGUGUGUGUGUGUGUGUGUGUGUGUGUGUGUGUGUGUGUGUGUGUGUGUUUCUGACAGCUGUGUGACCUGCUGAGACCUCCCCUCAGUCUCCGUGUCUUUCUCCUCCUCCUCCUCCAGGUUCCGUCAGAUCUGUCAGUCCAUCAUCGCCCAUAAGCUCUUCGACUACGUGGUUCUGGCCUUCAUCUUCUCCAACUGCAUCACGGUGGCUCUGGAGAGGCCCAAGAUCCUGCAGGGCAGCCUGGUAACUCAGUCUGUAGUUCUCGCUCUUUUCUACGGUGUACCUCCUGUUGAAACAUCUCUGCUGGUUCCACCUUCAGCCUCAAACCACAUCCAGAACUUUCUGGUUUCUGUCUCUGACUCUUCCUCUCUGUUUAGGAAAGAGUCUUCCUCACCAUCUCCAACUACAUCUUCACCGCCAUCUUUGUGGGCGAGAUGACCCUGAAGGUAAGAUCUCUCACCCCCAAUUUCCACCCCAUCUGGAACAGCAACGAUUUUCACUGUCCGCCAUUCCUACCAUUUGAUCUGUUUGUGAGGCGAAUUUCGUGGUGGAUUACGGACAGCGGGAAUCGCGAGAACUCACAAGAACCUGCAGAUUCACGUUCAAUCGCACGAUAACGAGUUGUCUCUAUAAAGACAGACACAUAGACAUAUAAGCAGUAGAUUGUGUCCUUCCAGAGGAGGAAAUCUACUUCUAGACUUCUAGAAUCAGCAUCUCCUCAUCCAUGGUGUCAUCGGGGUGAAAUGACGUCUAAAAACCUUUCACUUGUUCGUCUCCGCCCUUUCCAGCAUGGGUUAAUCUGUGCCGAAUUUAUCCGCCAUGCUCCGGCGUCCAAAAACAUUCGAACUCUUGUGAUCAGCUGUUGAGUCCGGCGAUCCGCAGAGGAACGGAAAGAAGUCGGUGUAAAUUGACACGUUAACUUGAAUGUUUACGAUCAGCUACGAUCGGAGGAUACGACCUUUUAGGAGACGAUCAGGAUGAAGGCGUAAUUUGGCGGUAAAACUCCUGAUGUGAGUCUGAAGCGUUUUACUGUUUCCUCUGGGUCCCCCUGUCCGUCUAGACCAGACACUCUUCCUUCUCUCUUCCUGUCCUCCCUCUGUUUCCUGUUUUCUCACUGAAAGGCUUCGGCACAAACGGUCCAUUAAUUUUGCACUCUCCCACCAUCAAUUAUUAACCAAUCCCGGCCCGUCAAAGAGCCGCAGACUUGUCAGCCCCCUCGCCGAGCCGAACACGUCCCCCCCUGAGUCCUGGUCUGUCUUCACCCCGUGCGUCUGUGUCCUGUCUGUUGCAUUAAUCUCUCUGCAGGACUCCACCGCAGAGCUUUAACAGAUCCACAGAAACCGUCUCAGCAGGGCCCGGGAUCGGUCGGGAUGAUGCAGAACUUUAUUUAAUGAGGCCCAAUCAGAGUCCUGGUCCUGGCGGCGCUGGUGGAUGUAGGAGUGAGCGAUGCUUUAGUGCGUGGAAGUUUGAGCCGAGUCAGCAGAGUGCCGAGGUCAGCGUGUUUUUGGAAGUUUCGCUCGCUCCUGUCGUCGGGGCGACAGUUUACAUUUUGGCGUUUAGAGCUGAGAUGUUUGCACGGCGCUGAUCUUUCAAACAUCACGACGUGUUUGCUCACUCACCCCCGCGGUCCCUCUGAAGCUCGGCUCGAUACUCCGCAAACACUCUCAAAUGUCAGCGCAGAUCUUCUCCUGCUCCCACCGCCUCGCCUGGUUUCCUGGUCUCUCUGAUUUGUUUGUCCCUCCCCGGUCUCCCUGUCUCCCGUUCUCGGCCGUCCUCACCUGAUGUCCCGCUCUGUCUCCCCCAGGUGGUCUCCAUGGGUCUGUACGUGGGUGAACAGGCGUACCUGAGGAGCAGCUGGAACGUCCUGGAUGGUUUCCUGGUCUUCGUGUCUCUGGUUGACAUCGUCGUGUCCAUGGCGGGCGGAGCCAAAAUCUUGGGGGUCCUCAGGGUCCUCAGGCUGCUCCGAACGCUGCGUCCCCUCAGGUACAGACCGAGCUCCACAUCUGAAGUCCAGUUUAGUUUUGUUGAAGGUUUAGUUCUGGACCUGGUUUUUCCUUCAUGAAGGGUUCCGGUUCUUCUCGUCUCUCCUCAGGGUGAUCAGCAGAGCUCCAGGUCUGAAGCUGGUGGUGGAGACCCUCAUCACCUCCCUCAAACCCAUCGGAAACAUCGUCCUGAUCUGCUGCGCCUUCUUCAUCAUCUUCGGCAUCCUUGGAGUCCAGGUAUGAGGGUCACAUGAUGUUUAUGUAAGGCCCGGUCCAGACUCCUCUCCUGCGGUCAGGGUCCACAGAGACCCAUGAGGAGCUCAUUCUGGUUCUUCUUCUUGUUUCUCUCGCAGCUUUUCAAAGGAAAGUUCUUCUACUGCUUCGGCCUCGACGUCAAGAACAUCACCAACAAGUCGGACUGUCUGCAGGCGAACUACAAGUGGGUCCACCAUAAAUACAACUUUGACAACCUGGGACAGGUGAGCUCCUCCUCCUCCUGGUCUGGGUUCUCUGAUGGUCUGCAGUUUAACAGGAAGUCUUUGUCCUUCUUUGGUCCUCCAGGCGCUCAUGUCUCUGUUCGUCCUGGCCUCCAAAGACGGCUGGGUCAACAUCAUGUAUCACGGUCUGGACGCCGUGGCUGUGGACCAGCAGGUAAGACCUCACAGACUCUGCAGGAUGGAGAUCCACUUCAGGAGGACUUCUUCUCUGACAGCGUGAACCUUCUGUCCUCCUCAGCCCGUCAUCAACAACAACCCCUGGAUGCUCCUCUACUUCAUCUCCUUCCUCCUCAUCGUUAGCUUCUUCGUCCUCAACAUGUUCGUCGGCGUGGUGGUGGAGAACUUCCACAAGUGCCGUCAGCACCAGGAGGUGGAGGAGGCCAAACGGCGGGAGGAGAAGCGUCAGCGCCGCAUGGAGAAGAAGAGGAGAAGUAAGUGAGAGGAGACGGGGGAGGAGCUGUCUUUGCUCUCCUGGAGGAGCUUCUUAGUUUGAUUCAGAGUGAAGUCAGAAUGUGGAUCAGAUAGAAAGACCACUGAGAGGACCUGGAUCUGGACUUGGAGCUGGACCUGGUUUUGGCUGAAGACCUGGUUGGAUGACCUCCUUUAGUUCUUGUUGACAGAGGAGCUGAUCAGGACGCUCCUGCGCCGGUCUCUGAUUAGGUGACCUGAUGAACGUGUCGAUGAUGACAUCCUGACGCCCUGACAAACUCGACGUUUCUCUCUCUGCUCCAACAGAAGCCCAGAAGCUGCCGUACUUCUCCAGCUACGGUCCGGUCCGCCUGUGGAUCCACACGCUCUGCACCAACCACUACCUGGACCUCAUCAUCACCUUCAUCAUCUGCAUCAACGUCAUCACCAUGUCCCUGGAGCACUACAACCAGCCUCACGUAAGUGUGUGUGUGUGUGUGUGUGUGUGUGUGUGUGUGUGUGUGUGUGUGUGUGUGUGUGUGUGUGUGUGUGUGUGUGUGUGUGUGUGUGGGAGACUGAAUGUAUGCAUGAACGUUGGAGCUGCUGUGAAUGAGAGCGUCUCUCUCUGCCUCUGGCUGCUUAAUUUUACUCUACAAACAACAGGAACUCGUCCAGCUCUAUAUUUACAUCUGCCAACACACACACACACACACACACACACACACACACACACACACACACACACACACACACACACACACACACACACACACACACACACACACUCUCUUUUUACCUCUCUCUCUCCAGUCUCUGGAUCUCGCCCUGAAGUACUGCAACUAUUUCUUCACCUCCACCUUCGUGUUGGAGUCGGUGCUCAAACUCAUCGCCUUCGGCUUUCGACGCUUCUUCAAGGACAGGUACAGAGUGUGUGUGUUUGUGUGUGUACAGGUGUGUUUGUGUGUGUACAGGUGUGUUUGUGUGUGUACAGGUGUGUGGUUUCUCCACCUGAGGCCUGCUGGUCCUGAACCCUGUCCCUCCUCAGGACCAGUCUGUGGUCCUCGCUCUAACUGAAGUAGGAAGAUGAAAUGAAGGUGGAAUAAAAACCAACAAAGAGCAGAUCAGCAGUUCAGAGCGAUCGGCUCUUAUGAAGCUCUUCUCCUGCUUUGAUCGUCGUAAAUGAAAUCAGAGUCAGAGCUUUGAUGAGAGAGAGGAUUAGGAAGGUUUGAGACGGCUCUCUUAUUACCUCGACUAAUCCACGGAGUGGAACGAACACGAUCUCAUGUCAAAUAUCAUCACAGUCAGUCAGUCAGCCAAACAGUCAGUCAGUUAUUCAGUCAGUCAGUUAUUCAGUCAGUUUAUUCAGUCAGUUAUUCAGUCAGUUAUUCAGUCAGUCAAAGACCACCUGAUGGAGGAUUUUCAGAGCGGUUUCAGGGUUUUCAAUCUUUAUUUCAUCACAACAAUCGUUUGGUUUCACCUGCUGAAAUCAGACCUCAUUUAUUCUAAUCCUCAUUUAUUCUAAUCCUCGUUCAUCCUCAUCGUUGUUCAUCCUCAGUUACUGUCAUCCUCAUUUAGCCACAUUCAUCCUCAUCCUCAUCCAUUCUCAUCCUCAUUCAUCCUCAUUCAUCCUCAUUCAUCCUCAUUCAUCCUCAUCCAUUCUCAUCCUCAUUCAUCCUCAUCCUCAUCCUCAUUCAUCCUCAUUCAUCCUCAUUCAUCCUCAUCCUCAUCCUCAUUCAUCCUCAUUCAUCCUCAUCCUCAUUCAUCCUCAUUCAUCCUCAUCCUCAUUCAUCCUCAUCCUCAUUCAUCCUCAUUCAUCCUCAUCCUCGCUGACUUCAGUGUUUCCAACAGAAGUUGAAGUCUGAAUAAUGAGCCUCUAAAAUCCCUCAAAGCUUCGUUUUCUCUCGUCUGAAGCUCCUCAGACUUUUACCUCUAAAAUAUUAAAAAUGUAAAAAUACUGAAUUAUUGUGCAGCAGUGAUCAGCUGACUGAGCGGACUGAGUUUUAAAGAGGAAUGAGAAAAGCUCUAAAAAAAGCAGGAUGGUAAAUAAAGGCGUUUACCAUCCUUCAAUACGACGUUUCUCAUUAGAGGGAGAGAAGGAUGAGGGAGUUAACUCUGCGCUGAUGAGAGUUAAAUGUCAUUGACCUGUUUAAGUCGGUGAAGAGGGAUGAUGGGAAGAGACUGUUAGAGGAGGAGAGAGGAAAUGGAGGAGAGGAGGCGGCGGCGGCGGUGAAAGACAGACGGAGGCGAUGAUGAAAUGAGGGAGAGGAGUGUGGGUACAGAGAGGAUUCAUCACGGGGUUAUCGGGCGCCGCUUUGUCUCUUCUUCUGUGGUGUCAGCAGCAGCAGCAGCAGCAGCAGCAGCAGCAGCAGCAGCCCUGAGCUCUUACUUUGAUUUAUAAGCUGGGUUCACUAUCGGGCCAGAUGAAGAACUGGGUCAAUGGAGUAGUGAGUAACACACAAACACACUGCCACAUAUGCAGCCUGCUGUCAGUCUGCAGGUGUGUGUGUGUGUGUGCGUGCGUGCGCGUGCUGCUUUACAGUCGGACAGGUGAGCUGCACACUGACUGAGAGUUAAAGGAGCAGUCUGUAUAAAACAGACCUCAUCAGAGACGUCUGCUCUUCAGUCAGGAUUCAGUCCGAUCUGAUUAUUCUGGUUCUGAGUAAAGUGUUCCUGGAUCGGAUCAGACCAGGACUCAGCUCCUCAGUCCUUUACGGCUGCUGCACCGACUGUUUCCUGCUGUAAAAGGAGAAGAGGAGGUGCAGUGAAACAGAGGGGAACAACGCCGUUCAUGGCGAUAAAGAGGAAGAGGAGACGCUCUUGUCAUUGGGCGUUUAACGGAGAGAGUUCGGCAGGCGUGACGAAUGAAUCGCUGCUGCCAAGGGUUUUAGUGCCGAUCCGAUAGUCACCUGAUUUACCACGGACAGUAAAAACUCACACAGUUAAAGACCACUUAGGUUAUUUCACCGAGACGUAUCUUUGUUGAGUGUCCUCCAAGAAAAAGGGAGGAGGGGGACUGAGUUACCUUCAGAGGAAACUCAGAAGGCAGGGAAGAUAAACGUCCUCCAGGAGGUCUGCAGGACAGAGGAGGAGAGAGGAGCUCAGAGCGGCUGGACUGAAGUUUAACGAGAGGACAGGGAUCGAGAGGUUAAACGAGGAGGAGAAGGAGUUAAAGUUUAGCGUCACUUUCUCCUGAUUCUUGAACAUCUGUUCCACGUCUGAUCUCCAGCCUCAGGAGGAAACAUCUCACAGGUUAGUUCUCCGUUUGACGGGUUCAUCAGGAGCUUUAAGGGCUGAAGAACGAGAGGAUGACGAGAAGGUCUGAGGAGACUUCAGCGUGACAAAGGGAAAGUGUUUUUUUUAAACACUGAGUGUGUGUGUGUGUGUGUGUGCUUGUGUGUGUGUGUGUGUGUGUGUGUGCUAGGUGGAACCAGUUGGACCUGGCCAUCGUGCUCCUGUCGGUGAUGGGAAUCGUGCUGGAGGAGAUCGAGAUCAGCGCCGCUCUGCCCAUCAACCCGACCAUCAUCAGGAUCAUGAGGGUUCUGAGGAUCGCUCGAGGUACAGACAGACAGACGGGGACAGACAGAGACACAGACAGAACCACAGACAGAGACAGACAGAGAUACACCUUUACACAGUUUAAAGUUUCACAUUUCAUCUGCAAUUGAACCAAAAUAUCCACUCUGACCUCCACUCCCUCUCUCUCUUUCUCUCUCUCUCUCCCUCUCUCUCUAUCUCUCUAUCUCUCUCUCUCUCCCUCUCUCUCUCUCUCUCUCUCUCUCUCUCUCUCUUCUCUAUCUCUCUAUCUCUCUCUCUCUCUCUCUCUCUCUCUCUCUCUCUCUCUCUCUCUCUCUCUCUCUCUCUCUCUCUCUCUCUCUCUCUCUCUCUCUCUCUCAGUGCUGAAGCUGUUGAAGAUGGCAACAGGAAUGAGAGCCCUUCUGGAUACGGUGGUUCAAGCCCUGCCUCAGGUACACACACACACACACACACACACACACACACAGACACACACACACACACUCACACACACACACACACAGCUCUUUGUCUUGUGUCCACUUUCAGCACCAUGGAGAGCUGGACCCCCACUGUGGGAGUGGCCGGGUUCAUGUGGUCGCAGAGUCAAGUUUAACUUCCUGUUUAGUGACGCCAUCAUAGAUGUACCAGAGGAGACAGUCUCUGUGUGAUCCAGAUCUGCUCACAGAUCAGCACCUCAGACUUAGAGGUCUGAUUAUACGGGCUGAGUCCAGAUAGGCUGAGUCCAGUCCUGCAGACAGCAGGGUUGAGUCCAGUCCUGCAGACAGACGGGUUGAGUCCAGUCCUGCAGACAGCAGGGCUCACAGUUUUACCUGCUGACCACCAGGAUGGAGUAAACAGUAGUGAGGAGUUGAUGUAGAGAGAGCAGCCUCCUGGUCUUGGUCUCCUAUUGAUCCCCCUCUCAUUAACACUGAGGCCUCUGCUCCGUCCCGAGGGGGCCAGGGGAGGUAAUUAAAACCGGGGCUAAUGAAACAGUUCCUGGAGGUCUCACUCUGCAUGUUCAUGAGUCUGACUUCACCUGCCUGAGAGAAACCGGAGGCUGUAGUUCUGUCAGUGUGGCUGCAGACAUCACAGAGGAUUUGGGGGUCUCUGGUGGUCUCAACGAAGACUCUAUGAUCCAGAUAUUAUUAUGAUUAUUAUAUAUAUGUGAUCAGGUUUUCCUGUGUGUGUGUGUGUGUGUGUGUGUGUGUGUGUGUGUGUGUGUUGCAGGUGGGUAACCUGGGCCUGCUCUUCAUGCUGCUGUUUUUCAUCUACGCCGCCUUAGGAGUAGAGCUUUUUGGAGAACUUGGUGAGUCCACGUUUGAAGUUUUUCCAUGUGACCCGGUGAAGAGAUGACCAGCGCUGUUGGAUGAUAUAAGUUCUCCUCUGGUGGUCCGGUUGGCUCGGGGUUGUAUGGCAACCCCACUAGGACAAACCUCUCUAAAGUUCUGCUCCUGUUUACUCUCUGACCUACAGCCAAUCACAAUCUGGAAUCAUAAUCAUACAGCUGAACAGCCAAUCAUGUGACCCCGAGCAGAUCUGACCAGCCGAGCACACCUGGGUCCUGUGGUGGACCUUUAAACCAUGUGGACUCAGUAUUUGGUCCGUCUGUGUAGAGACCGAUUAAAGUCCUCAGUCCAGGUUCAGACAGUGAUCUCAGGAUCCCGUUAAGGAUCUGACUGUAGAGGGUCUUACUGUAGAGGACUCAGCGAAACCAGCUGAUGGUCUGAGGUAGGGCUGGGCGAUAAAACGGUAACGAUGUACUUUAAAAAGUAUCGAAAAAUUCCUUCAAUAUCAAUGUAAAACAUGCUCUUCGAUAGUCGUCAUUCUGCCAUGUUUUGGUAGAUAUACCAAUAGCCAAUGAAAAGGGGAGUUGCUCUGAGUCUGCUUUGCGCUGAACCAAUUGUGCUGAAUUAGAACCAAGUAGCAAAAACCUGCGUCAUAGCAGACAGCAGCUACACCCAACCAUAGCACUUUAAAAAAUGCUAUGAGUGCUACCCCCGACAGAAAUGACCAUGAAGGCUCAACAGAUGACCACAUCAAUGUCAACCACAACACUGGCGUUAGGAAAACGUCGGUGGUGUGGAGGUAUUUUGGUUUUUGGAGGUCGGACAUGAAGCAGAGUAAUGUGGACUGUAAAUUAUGUCGAGUACAUGUUCUCACAAAGUCGGGGAAUACCUCAAAUCUUUUUCACCACCUGAAGCAGCGCCACGCCGCAGAGCACGCGCAACGCAAGAAAAGACAUGCGACCAAUAAACACUGUUAAAUUUCAUUUUUUUAUAUCCUGAUAUUGAUCGGUUUCGACUGAUAUUAACUUUUUCCCGUAUCGCCCAGCCCUACUCUGAGGUUUUCAUGGAUCAUGAAGUCCUCCUCCUCGGUCACAUGGUGUUAGUAGAUGUUCCUGCAGUCCUCACAGUCGGACCUUUAGAGGAUCUCUGCAGAGCGUCCUGUCACACUGUGUCCACACUGGACCGGCUGGUUCUGGUUCUGAUCCGGCUCAGCGCCUCUGCAGGUUCUGACAUAUGAAGUCUUGAGUUUGAUUCUGAAGUCUGUUUUUUUUUAUCCACCUCCUUCCUCCAUCAUCCUCAUCGUCUGUCCAUCACCUCACUUCCUGUUUACCUGUGACCUAAUACCCCACCCCCCAUACUCCUCAGUUUGCAAUGAAGACUACCCCUGUGAGGGGAUGAGUCGGCACGCCACCUUUGAGAACUUUGGCAUGGCCUUCCUCACUUUGUUUCAAGUCUCCACGGGCGACAACUGGAAUGGCAUAAUGAAGGUACGGCGCUCCGGAAAUCUGCUGACUCAGCAGUCACGGGUUUUUCCUGCUGAUGGGAAGACCGACACACAAACACACAAACACACACCCACCCAGAGCAGCUCUCAGUCCGCCUGCACACCCCUCAGGCUGCAGACCAUUAAACUCACACAGGAUACAGGCGGCGGAGACAGUGGCACGCCGUGAUGUAAAGCAGCACGCCGUGAUGUAAACCAGCAGGCCACAGACGCGCCCUCACAGCGUAAAUCUCACUCAUUUUAGCCGUCAGAUUACCGCUGUGAGUGAGGGAGUGUCUCCUCAGUUUAACAGGGAGCAGGUGAGGUGGGCUGUGAUUGGCUGAGAGGGAGGAUGGGGGGGGGGGGGUGUAAGAGAUGGAGGAAGGGAGGAAGAGAGGAAGGGAGGGAGCGAGGAAGGGAGGGAGGGAGCGACUGUAAUAAGAGAGCAGACAAGAGGACAGGUAGGAGGUCAAAAUGUGAUCUGGGAUUAUCCCUCCUGUCCUUAAAGGAGAAACCAUCAGAGAGAGAGAGAGAGGUAAUAAAAGAGAGAGAGAGUAAAAGAGAGAGAGAAGAAAGAGAGGGAGAAGAAUAGAGAGAGAGAAUGAAAAAGAGAGACAGAAUAAAAGAGAGAGAGAGAGAGAAUAAAAGAGAAGAGAUGUUAUCAGAAGGACAGUUAGACGUCUAAAGAAGGAGGAGUAGAUGUUGACGCAGGAGACCUGACCGGACUGAAGCUGUUCUGGGGGGUCAGACUUAGAGAGUCCACCUGAACAGGAAAACCUGAAGCUGCUGUCUGCUGUGGAGGAAACUGAUGAAGAGGGGGAUCAUUGGAGGAGUUUUUAGACACAGAGAGGAGAGGUUUUAGACUUUUAGACCCGACAGAAACCCGGGUCUUGGUCUAGGCCUACCAAAGCUGGAUCAGGACCAUUCAGGGGCUCUGUAGUAGAAGAGUUUUGCUGCUAUCUGGACCCUGACUUACUGAAGUCCUGGAUCAGUUUUAAGUGUAGAUGGUUCUUUCAGGGUUGUAUGUUGCUGUCACCCUUCCUUCCCUCCUUCCCUCCUUCCCUCCUUUCCUAACCCUUGUCUCCUCUUACCUCCAGGAUACAUUGCGGGAGUGUCCACCUGACCACGGCACUGACGUGGACUACGCCUGCAAUCCCAGCCUUCAGUUUAUCUCGCCCAUGUACUUUGUCUCCUUCGUGCUCACCGCCCAGUUCGUGCUCAUCAAUGUGGUGGUGGCCGUGCUGAUGAAGCACCUGGACGACUCCAACAAGGAGGCCCAGGAGGAGGCGGAGAUGGAUGCAGAAAUUGAGCUGGAGCUGGCCCAGGGCACCCUCUGUUGCAUGGGCGCCCCCGGCUGCGGGGGUGCAAAGACAACGGAGAAAGGACUGGUGGUUUCUGGACCGGGUCCUGGAGGGACAGCGGGGGGGAAGGAGAGGGGAGGGCCCAGAGGAGACCAGGGAGACGGAGGGAAGAGGACGGCACUGCACACAGCAGCUACGACCCCGCAACCAGGAGGGUACAACUCCAGAGAGUCCAGCCUGUACUCACCAGCACAAGUGAGUGUGUGUGUAUCAGUGUGUGUGUGUGUGUGUGUGUGUGUGUGUGUGUGUGUGUGUGUGUGGGAAGUGUGCAGGUUUUCUUAUGCUUGCAUCCUCGUAGUGUGAAAGUCGGUUUCUCUCUGUGUUUCUGUGUUUGUUGGUGUCUGAGAGCAGGGAUGUCUCACCACAGAGAAACCAGUACACUCUGCAGAGUCCAAACCAGUCUCUGCUCCAGAACCAGAACCAGAACCAGGUUUAUCCUCAAGUAUAAGAGAUAAGUCCCACUGAAGACAGAAUAACCCCCAAUUUCGACUGCAUCCAGAACGGCGGCAAUUUAUGCCAUCAACUAAUUCCUACCGGAUCCGUUAUUGAGGCGAAAUUCAUGGCGGUCAUGGACAGCGGGAAUCGCGAGAAUUCACAAGAACCCACAGAUUCACAUUCAAUCGCGCGAUAACAAGUUGUCUCUCUAAAGACAGACACAUAGACAUAUAAGCAGUAGAUUGUGUCCUUCCAGAGGAGGAAAUCUACUUCUAGACUUCUAGAAUCAGCAUCUCCUCAUCCAUGGUGUCAUCGGGGUGAAAUGACGUCUAAAAACCUUUCACUUGUUCGUCUCCGCCCGUUUGCAUGGUGUGAAAUACGAUCCUCCUGAAACACGGAGUGUUUUAUUUUGAAAAGAAGCCGGAUGUUUUAUUUUGUGUCUGUGCCCGACUUCCUUUCCAGCACGGGUUAAUCUGCGCUGAAUUUAUCCGCCAUGCUCCGGCGUCCAGAAAAAAUAGAACUCUUGUGAUCAGCUGAGGAGUCCGGCGAUCCGCAGAGGAACGGAAAGAAGUCGGUGUAAAUUGACACGUUAACUUGAACGAUCAGCUACGAUCGGAGGAUACGACCUUUUAGGAGACGAUCAGGAUGAAGGUGGAAGUUGGGGGUAAUCAGUAAUCAGAGCAGCAGGAAGAGAAAAAAACUUCAACGAUUAAAAAAACAAAAAUCUGUUCUCUUCAGAACCAUCCACAGAGGGUCCUGAUCGGUCCAGUUCUGUAUCAGAACCCCUUCAGCUCAGUCUCAUGGAGACAUCCCUGCUCAUCGUGUUGGUUUGUGUUUCUCCGGCUGCCUUCUCCUCACACAUCAGGAGAAAAUGACAAACUGGAUUCACGAGUCUGAAGAAAACAAAGGAGGUAAACAAAAUGGCGGCGCGCUCUGAGCGCCGUUCUGACAUCAGAGAGAGAGAGAGAGAGAGAGAGAAGCUUCGCUGUGAGUCUGACUGACAGCUCUCUUUUCUUCAGCCCCUCUGUAACAUGGAGGAGGCUAACGAGGUUUGGAGCUAACGAGGCCGAGGCCUUCAGACAGAGAGGGUUAUGAAACAGUCAGCAAACCUGCAGGUCUGCUCAGACCUCAUGGGGGGUUCAGAGUGAUUUAAGACCAUGUAUUAGUAUAAUAAUCUAAUAAAUACAACGGAGAAUAAGGACCAUAUUAAGAAUAAAAAAAGCUUUUUAAGACUUGGAGAUUAAAGUCGUUACUUAGAGGAAUGAAGUCAUAAUUUAUGAGACUGAAGUCGUAACGUUACCUGUUAUUUUAGAGGAGAGUCGUUAAAAUGAGGCUGUGGAGCAUUUAGAUUAAUUGUACUUCAGUAUAGGUUUCACAAACAUGGAGAUACUUCAUCCUUUGGUACAUCAGCGUUACACUGUCAUGAGUAUCAGAACUUAUCAAUAUCAUAGAUCUUUGAUUUAUCAGAUGAGUCGAUGAGGUGUCGAGACCUCUGCAGGUGAAGGUCACUGACUUACUGUAAUCAUCGGGUUUUCUUUCAUCUUUCUGAACCUGCUUCAUUUCGGCGAAUGUCCAUCUUCAAAAUCUACCCGGAUACAGGAAUGCUACUUUUUAAUUGGCUGUUCAGUAGAUAUAGUUUAUUUGAUUGGCUCGUGUGUGGCACGCAGCUUCUGAACUCUCAGGGGAACUGACUUGAUUCCAACUUGGUGGACGUCACCGUGGUCGUUUAACGUGUGAGCGCGUGUGGGGAUGGGUGUGUCACACGCCCUGAUCUCCAUUCCACCACACGCUCAGACCAGAUUCAGUUCUGGAUCGGUUCUUCUGUAUUAUUGUAGGUUAGUGAGCUCGGAGGACUCACAGGAGACCGUCUGAACUCAGGUGACCUCAUUACUGUCUGACAGCAGAGCCUCACCUGUCCAUCUGGACUUCGCCAUUAUUAGUCAGAGAGGUGAGUCAUCACCUGUGGUCAGGUGACUCACCUUUAGAGCUAAAGCUAGCACCAGGGAUCCGGUUUUAGCUCCGGGUCUGAACCCAGCAUCAGCUGACCCAAGACCAGAACAGAACCAGGAGAGAACACUGGCAGUUUCCUCCCUCCUUACCUCCUCCUCUCCUCUGUCCUUACCUCCUCUCCUACUCCUCCUUCCUUAACUCCUCCUCUCCUCUCCUCCCCUGUCUCCUUACCGCCUCCUCUCCUCCCUCUCUCUCUGUCUCUUGAUCGCCCCUUCUUUUACUGUCUGUCUAUAAAGUGACGAUGAAAUGAAUUCAGGGCACAGGUCCUUGGGUUAGUGUGUGUCUGUGUGUGUGUGUGUGUGUGUGUGUGUGUGUGUGUGUGUGUGUGUGUGUGUGUGUGUGUGUUAGUGUGUGUGUAUGUGCGUGUGUGUGUUUUAGUGUGUGUUUGUGUGUGUGUGUUAGUGUGUGUGUGUGUGUGUGUGUGUGUGUGUGUGUUGUGUGUGUGUUAGUUUGUGUGUGUGUGUGUAUGUGUGUGUGUUCGUUAGUGUGUGUUAGUUAGUGUGUGUGUGUGUGUUUUAUUGCGUGUGUGUCUUUUGUUAAACCCUCUUCCCUCUUUAAAUUGAUCAGAAUGAUCAGAUCUGAUUCCUUUAUUGAUUGACGCCGUUGUGAUCAGAUCAGCUGUUAAAAUCAUCAGUUAGAUUCAUUUUUGACGCACGUCUUUAAAAACUAACAUGACCAUGAAAAUGUUCGUCGGUCCUUUAAAGUUCAAACUGAAACUGGCUGAUCCUGAUCUUCAGGGCAUUAAAGGGAUAUUCUGGUGUAAAUUUAAUUUAGAGUCAAACCCACCGUAACACCGAGUUAGACCCCCCCUCCAGAGAUGAAUGUUGUCGACCGCUUACUUCUCUAGUUAUACCAACUUUAGUAACGACCGCAGGAUAGAAAUACAGAGAGGUCUGAGGAGCCAUAAACAAACCUCAACCAACUCACCUACUCUCUUCCAGCAGACGUUGUUUGCAGCGAGACUUCGUCCGAGACUUCGUCGUAGCGGUUAACGGUUGUUACCAUGGUUACAUGUGUUUAUCUGGUUCUGGCCCCGACUCAGUUCAUGCUAUCAUGACAGACAGACAUCUCAACACUAGAGUCUGGUCCUCUGCCUCUUCAGACUUGGAGAUAAUUGUUUCAGCAGAACUUCAAAUUGUCCAACAGACAUCCGAAAAAAGGUUCUGGAGCAACUGUGGUCCAGUUUCAGCUCCUGAACCGAGCAGAGAAACUCACUAAGUUCUCUUCUUUUUUCUAAUAUUGGAUCCACCCAUGAGCUAUGUUUCUGUUUCUCUGGAGAAAACUAAAGGAGGAACAAUUCGCCAUCACUUGAAAUUGAAGUAGACUCCGUUUUUGUCUUCUCGCUUCCACCCGGGACGCUGUAGCAUGGAAAGGGAAGGUCCCGCCCUCCUUCACCUCUGAUUGGCUGUAAAUGCUGACAGGGAAAAGUCUUCCCCGGGAUGCGUCUUUUUCCCCCUGGAAAGUCGCAAAAUCACAUCGGGCUUGAUGUGUGUAGUCAGGCACAUCAAAAUUCGCCUCUGAAUAUUUAGUUAUUUCAGGUUCUAUAUUUGCGUCGGCCCUGGUGUGAAAGGACCUGAAGGCAGAAGAACGACCGCGUCUGCAGAGUAAAAUGAUAAAUAUGUUGAUUAUUACUUCAAGGAAAUGAUAAAGUAAUGAUUAAUUUUAUGUCGGAAUAUCCCUUUAAAAACAGACUCUGCAUGGACUCAGAGUCACUUCAAAAGUAGGACCCCCUUUUACUCAUUUACUCAGUCAGUCAGUCACGCCCCCCCGGAGAAAAAAACUAGAAGUUGAAUGAUCAGCUGUUUUCGUCCUCACAGACGUUUUGUUUGUUUUCACGGCUCUAUAUCGUCUACAUCUAUAUCGUCUACAUCUAUAUUGUAGAAGCUGCCGUUUCAUAAGCCGAGGUGUUGCAGGUGUAUUUUUAUCCCUGGAGGUACAGUAACCUGUCUCUGGAUUUUUGUAGCCCCCUCAUUCUCCACGGUGAGCCGUGACUGAAGAGGGUGAGUCAGACAUGUGUGUUUGCAUAACGGCUCUAAGUAUAGAGCUGUGAGACAUAGAAGUGUUUGAUCAGAAUAGGACUGUGUGGGGUUUGAAGAGGAGUGACCUUGUUUCUCAGGAUCUUCUCCGAUAGAUCUGCUGAUGUAAUCCACUUAUUUCGAUUGUUGUGAAUGUGUUAGACCCCCCCCCCCCCCCCUCUGAUUGGUUUCAGGGGAAAACCAAUCUGGCAGACGAGCGCGGCGUGCAGCAGCAGGGAGGAUCACGGCAGCAGAAACAGCCCUGACUGAUUCGCUGUGAAUUGCUUUAAAGCUAAUAACAGCGAGAGCACAAAGCAAACGCUCCGAUCUUCAAUUGUUUCAGCGAGGUAUUGAACGGCUUAAUUGAGGCGAUCUAUCAGAGGUAAUUGCGGCGCUCGCUGCAGUUUCCUGAGGCGCCGAUAGUGAAAUGAUGUUUCUGUGCUAAUGAGGCUGGAAGUCCAAAGACUGAGGAGGAGUUUGAGAGCGUCAGGAUCUGUUCAGGUUCACCUGAGAGGGAUCUCUCUACCUGAAAUCUACCUGUGUGUGUGUGUGUGUGUCUGUGUGUGACUGUGUGUGUGUGUUUGUGUGUGUCUGUGUGUGUUUGUGUGUGUGUGUGUGUUUGUGACUGUGUGUGUGUGUGUGUGUCUGUGUGUUUGUGUGACUGUGUGUGUGUGUUUGUGUGUGUCUGUGUGUGUGUGUGUGUGUGUGUGUCUGUGUGUGUGUGUGUUUGUGUGUGUGUGUGUGUGUGUGUGUGUGUGUGUUUGUGUGACUGUGUGUGUGUGUGUGUGUGUGUGUGUGUGUGUGUUUGUGUGUGUCUGUGUGUGUGUGUGUGUGUGUGUGUUUGUGUGUGUCUGUGUGUGUGUGUUUGUGUGUGUCUGUGUGUGUGUGUGUGUGUGUGUGUGUUUGUGUGUGUGUGUGUGUGUGUGUGUGUGUGUGUGUGUGUGUGUGUGUGUGUGUGUGUGUGUGUGUGUGUGUCUGUGUGUGUGUGUUUGUGUGACUGUGAGUGUGUGUGUGUCUGUGUGUGUCUGUGUGUGUGUGUGUGUGUGUAAGUGUGUGACUGUGUGUGUGAGUGUGUGUGUGUGUGUGUGUGUGAGUGCGCACAGAGACCAUCUUUAACUCUUCCUCUGGUGUAUGCGUUUCCCUGCGUGUUCUCUGUCCUCGCAUGUCCGCAUGUUGCACAUGUUUUCGCCUGCGUGCAAUUCUGGUCUGCGGCCUGCGGCGUCCCGUGCGUGUGUGUGUGUGUGUUUGUCCGUGUGUGUGUACGUGUGUAUGUGUUCCAGGAGAGCCAGUGGCUGGACAGUGUAUCUCUCCUCAUCAAGGAUACGUUGGAGGGUGAGAUGCUGAUGAUCGACAACCUCUCCGGUUCGGUCUUCCACCACUACUCCUCUCCUCCACCUGUCUGCAAAGACUGCAGGGGCCACGCACUCGAGGUACCGCCCUGACAACGACGCAUGGAAACACACACACAAACACGUGCACACACACACACACACAGUUAAACCACACGUGUGCUGCUCUCAGUCUUAACACCGAUCAGCUGACCUCGUUUCAUAAACCACUUUCCCAGAUAUUUGACGUCCUGAGAGGUGCAGCCUGAUUAAAGAUGGCCGCAGGUGGAAACAAACUCAGACGGUUUGAUGCAGAUUUGGAACAAGUCCCAGAAAAUAGUGAAGGCAGAGACAAACAUCUGUCCUCCUCAGCGCAGAGGAGUGGAAAUAUUCAGGUGACCCAAACACAGAGCAGGGAGCGGUGUGAGUGCGCGGCGCUCAAACCAUCGUCCCCAUCCGCACGGUUUCUGACGCCGUCUCAGUCAGUUCGUUUCACAGUUUAAUCAGACUAAGAUCAUAAUUCAGACUUCUCUCCUCGUCCUCGUUUACAUGCAGCUGAGAAAACUGAAUUAUUGACGUGAACGUGUCCUCCUCCCCAACACUAGGGGGCGAUAUGGGUCUUUUCAGCGGCGCUGUUUCCGACCCCAUCCAACCGUCAACAACAACAGCAGGUCGGUGUCAGACGUCAGAAGUGUCUACAACUGCUGCUGGGCAUUUUGGAGAAACAAGAAGAUGGAGCAUCGUACAGCGUUGUUUUUGUCCGACAUGAUGGACGCGCUACUUUUUCUAAAGAGGAGACCAACGCUACUCCUCUACUCUGGGGUUUUGUUACGGGGGCGUGGCCUCAUACUCCGACUACGCUGGUUACAUGGUAGAGAAAAUCUAAUUCCAAUCGAAUUAUCUGGGCGUCUUAAUCAGAGUUUUUUAUAGACACCACCUUUAAUCGGAAUAAGGCGAUAAUUCGGUUAACUCGAGUGUCAUGGAAACGGACUGAGUGAAUUACUCUGAACUAACAAACACACACAGAUCAAUAUACACUAACAUUCAUCUACACAGGUACACACACACACACACCUUUACCUGAUGGAUGCAUGCUGACUCACAGCAGGAACAUCUGCAUGAUUCACAAACACACUGGGCUUCAUUCAUCCAACAAAGCAGCUGUAACAGGAAGUGAUGUCACCCCCAAUUUCCACCGUCCAUCAAUUCCUACCAGAUCCGUUUGUGAGGCGAAUUUCAUGUAUUUAUAUAUAUUUUGUCUCUCUAAAGACAGAAACAUAGACAUAUCAGCAGUAGAUUGUGUCCUUCCAGAGGAGGAAAUCUACUUCUAGACUUCUAGAAUCAGCAUCUCCUCAUCCAUGGUGUCAUCGGGGUGAAAUGAGUGUUUUAUUUUGAAAAGAAGCCGGAUGUUUUAUUUUGUGUCUGUGCCCGACUUGUCGGUGGAAAAUGACACGUUAACUUAAAUGGUUACGAUCAGCUACGAUCGGAGGAUACGACCUUUUAGGAGACGUGGAAAUUGGGGGUUAGCGUUCACGCUCUCUGCUGCAGGUGCUGUUGAAGGGUCAGAGGUCAGCCCUGAAUUAAACCCAUCACCCCUCCUCUGCAUGCACUAACUCUCUCACAAACACGCUCCUGUGUUGGAUGUAUCUGGGGUGUUUUGUUCACUGGAGCUCCUCCUUCUGUGCUCCUCCUUCUGUGCUCCUCCUUCUGUGCUCCUCCUCCUGUUCUCCUCCUUCUGUGCUCCUCCUCCUGUUCUCCUCCUUCUGUGCUCCUCCUGUGCUCCUCCUUCUGCUCUCCUUCUGUGCUCCUCCUUCUGUGCUCCUCCUCCUGUUCUCCUCCUCCUCUGUUGGUGUUGUCCUUCACUGUGAUGGAGAGCAGCAGGUCAGCUCAGAAGAAGAAAUAAGUGAUCUCUACACCGUCCUCACCUGUCAGUCCUCCUCUCUGCUGUCAAACCAUCUCCCUCUCUCUCUCUCUCUCUCUCUCUCUCUCUCUCUCUCUCUCUCUCUCUCUCUCUCUCUCUCUCUCUCUCUCUCUCUCUCUCUCUCUCUCCCUCCCUCUCUCUCUCUCUCUCUCUCUCUCUCUCUCUCUCUCUCUCUCUCUCUCUCUCUCUCUCUCUCUCUCUCUCUCUCUCUCUCUCUCUCUCUCUCUCUCUCUCUCUCUCUCUCUCUCUCUCUCUCUCUCUCUCUCUCUCUCUCUCUCUCUCUCUCUCUCUCUCUCUCUCUCUCUCUCUCUCUCUCUCUCUCUCUCUCUCUCUCUCUCUCUCUCUCUCUCUCUCUCUCUCUCUCUCUCUCUCUCUCUCUCUCUCUCUCUCUCUCUCUCUCUCUCUCUCUCUCUCUCUCUCUUUCUCUCUCCCUCUCUCUCUCUUUACUCUCUUCCAUCCAUCUCUGCCUCUCUGCCGUCUUCUCCGCCCGUCCGCCUCCAUCCUCUCAGUUCUCAGACUGUGUGUCGGUGUUUGUUGGAGGGCUGCUGCUCCCCUGCUGAGGGUUAUGUGUUCAGUCUUAUUGUGUGUUCAGGGACAGAGCGGCUCAGCGGGACACCUGGGUGACAGUAGAAAUACUCGUCAAGGCGCCGCCUCAUAAAGAGCUGAGAGCGGCCGCAGCGUGAGACCGGAGUCUGCAGGGAACCGUUCAGUGGAGCGGCGAAGGCCUUCGACUUUUAUGGAGGAGAGAGAGAGAGAGGGAGAGAGGGAGAGAGGGAGGUGUCCCUGCAGACGACACUACAACAGUGAUAGGAGGAGCAGGUUAGAGUUUCAGAGGCAGGUGGAGCAGACAGGGAUGGAGCAGCGAGGUCGUUUGGAGGUCGGAGCGCUGAGGUAGUUGGAGUCACAGAUGGUUGGUGGAGAUGGAGUUUAAUUUGAAGGAUUUCUGUUUCUCCGUCUGACUCCGCUGAUGGAGGAGGACGUCCGCUUGUUUCUGAAGGUGUUGUUUCUGGUCAUGUGACCAUGGUGGUAUCAGUCACGCCUCCUCUGACUGAAACAGUCCUCGCCUCGCCGCGCUCAGUCUGUGGUACUUCCUGCUGCUUCUCGCCUGUUCAUCUGCAGUCACCUUGGAAAACAAGUGUAGAAACUUUUCCCAUCAUCCCUUGGGGCUGAGUUUGGGAAGAGACAGGAGGUGGUGUGAGAGCGUGCUGAGGACUGAAGCUGUUCGCGGAGAGGCGUCAGACUGAGAGGACGAAAAAGGAGACGACUGCAGAGCUGAGCUUCUGAAUGAAUGAAUGAAUGUAAACAAAGAUGGACGCCGUGUAAAAGUGAAGUGGAGUCAAUUUGGGGGCGGGGCUUAUUCUGCAGCCCUGUGACUGUCAGUGCAGCCAUGUUUGAGGUCAGGAGGAUGAGGUUCUGCUUCACGCUUACACCGCGCUGCAGAUCCGACGAACACGCUCCUCAUCUCCGGCUCCUCCUCUCGCCGCUCUCGCCACGUUUCCUCCGAGCGUCUUUGUUCAAACUCUGUCAUUACUGUGAAUCUCUCCCUCCCCCCUGACAGGUGGAGUCCAGGUGCACCUGGUGAAGCUUCUCCAAACAAGGCGGAGGUUUUACACCGUACCUGCCAACACUCUUUUCAGACCUGUCACAAUCAGAAAUACUUUAAUAAUCCAAAAAGGGAAACUGCUUUAGUCUCAGUCACUCCAGUGGAAAUAAAGUAGAAAGAGGAGAAAAAUAAAAGAUAAAAUAAGUCAAAAUAAAGAGAAAUAUUCAGGUAUUUACAAUAGAAACAACACAAAUACUAACAUUGCCCAGAGGUGGGGGCUUGACGACUCGACUUGGACUUGAGUCCCGUUUUUGACUUGCUUGAUGAAAUCAAGAAAUGACUUGGACUCGCUUAGGACUUGAUUGCUAAAGACUUGAGACUCGACUUGAGCCCAGUGACACAAAAGUCAAGUCAAGUCUUUUCAAGUCACUUAAUAUUUUACAGCACAAAUCGUUUAAAAAGUGUUGCAUCAACUAAUAGUCAGGAGUUACAGCCGUUGGUAACACCGUGUCGUGUUGCCAAGUCUGCUUGUUUUUGGCUUGUUUCUGGAGGUCUGUUUCCUUUUUUCUCUCACCAAACUUGGCAACACCGUCUCAAACUCUAGUCUCCCUUAUAACGACAACACCGGGACGACUGAACAUAAAUCGCUCGCUGGUAUUUCCCGCCUGUUUCCCCGCGUCGCCUCGUGUUGCUCUUUUGUUUUGUUUUGGAACAGUGAAUUAGAGAAUCAGUUUAAUGUGAAAUCAUAUUUAAGUCUUCCUUAUUUUUCUGCACAUUGUCUAAGUUUCCAAUUAUUGAAGUUGAUCUGAUUAUUUUUUGUUGACAUGUAAAAUAGUUUGGUUAAAGCUGCACUAUGUAACUUUACACAAACAAGAAUCCUUGUUUAAUAAUAAAUGCAAAUAGUGAAAAAUGCUGAUUGAUGUAAAUCUUUACAGAUAACAAACAGUUUAUGGCUUUGAUAUGACCUGUUUUUGACUUUAAAGAAAUGGUAAGGACUUGGACUUGAGAGCAAAGACUUGAGACUCGACUUGGACUUGAACAUAAGGACUUUCCCCCACCUCUGUCGCCGCCCUCCUCCCGUAUUGUCAUUUCUCCAGAAUCUCCCGUAGUUUCGAUGGUCCACGUUCAUUCAUGAAUCCGAUCACUGUAUUUGUCCAAAGUUUCCUGAAGAUCGUCGUGUGUUUCUGCUGAGCCUCACAGACUUUGAUACUUUGACUUUACAGUUUGGGAUGAUUCAGGUCGGUUUAACUUUAUUUAAAGAGUGUUUGUUGUAAAAUGAAACUGAGCUGAGAUCUAAUAUUUACGUUGAUCGUCUUUCACCGUCUUGGAGUGAUGCGUUCAGGGCAGCCUCAGAGAAAAGAGUAUUUCACACACAGAUGUUCAGACAGACUUAAACAGGAGAGAAUAUAAAACAUUAAAAUCUCUCUGAUUUUAUAACCUGAACGUUGGCAGGUAUGUUUUUUCCACGCACGUCUGCUCAGCUCUGAUUGGCUGAUAACAGCGCCCCCGUCAGAUCAGUGUCUCCCAUCCUCUCAGUGUUUUAUCUGUGUACUCUCAGAUCUGUAGGUCCAUGAAGCUCACGUACUGCUGGACUCUAGACUAGACUCUGAUGUUCCCCGGCUGCUCCUGACCCGUCCCCCCUCCUGUGUUUGGACUUUAAUAACAGACGUGCGUUUUUGUAGCAGAUCAGGAUGGCAGAGAUCGAGCAGGCGUCACUCAAGUCGGAACAACUGUCGGACAAGUCCUCGUCCCCGGCCCUGCCAGAUGACCUCAGUCUGGACGAGCACACGGCCUACCAGCUGCUGGCCCGGGAGUGUAAGGUGAGUCCGAGCAGAGCGGGUCACGUCUUUAUGAAAGGUUCACACAGAUGUUCUCCUCAUGAAGAUCAGGACGCUGUCUGGAAAUCUAUAAUGUGGUUUUCCUGUAGAUAGAGAAGUCGGUCCUGUUUCCACGACUGUGUGUGUCUGCUUUAGUGAACAUCUCAGACUCUUCUGUGUCAGAAAUAAACGUGAUGAUGGUGAAUCAGUGACAGCAGUAAGAUCUCGGACCAGCAGAUACCGAGCUGCUGCUCUUAAAACCAUCUGUAGAAGAAGCCCCUCCCUCUAAAACUAUCUGUAAAUGGAGUUCCUCCUCUAAAUCCAUCUGUAGAUAGAGCUUCUGCUCUGGAAUCAUCUGUAGACAGAGCUCCUCCUUCUCUAAAACUAUCUGUAGAUGAAACCCCUCCUCUGAAACCAUCUGUAAAUGGAGUUCCUCCUCUGAAACCAUCUGUAGACCGAGCUCCUCCUCCUUUAAAACCAUAGGUAGACAAAGCUCAUCCUUCUCUAAAACCGUCUGUAGAAGAAGCCCUUCCUUUUAAACCAUCUGUAGACAGAGCUCCUCCCUUAAACCAUCUGUAGACGGAGCUCCUCCUCUAAAACCAUCUGUAAAUGGAGUUCCUCCUCCUCUAAAUCCAUCUGUGGAAGGACCUCCUUCUCCUCUAAAACCAUCUGUAGACGGAGCUCCUCCUCCUCUAAAACCAUCUGAAGAUAGACUUUCUGUUCUAAAACCAUCUGUAGACCGAGCUCCUCCUCCUUUAGAACCAUAGGUAGACAGAGCUCCUUCUCCUCUAAAAUCAUCUGUAGAUGAAGCCCCUCCUCUUAAACCUUCUGUAGACAGAGCUCCUCCUCCUUCCUUAAAUCCAUCUGUCUUCAUGAACAGCGUUAAACAUCUGUGUUGUUUAAAGGUGAUCAGAGCUUCAGUCCAGAGGGUCCUCCAUCACUGCAUCAGUACACCUCCAUAGUCAGACCUCCACCAUCACAGUCGACCUCGUUAAAGCUGAGGAGCCCCUCAGAGUUUGGACCGUCCAAUUAGAGAGCUCCUUGUUAAAAUGGAGAGGAGGAGGAGAAGAUGCUCCGACCACUGCAGGAGUCUCUUUUCAACUAAAAGUUCACGCUGCUGAACUUUCCAGUCCCACUAAUUUGUAGCCGACAUGUUUGGUACGGCUGUUCUUUGUCAGGCUGUUCCCAGGAGGGGGGGGGGGGGGGCACAAACAAUGGCUCUCUGAUGGUUUUUAUUCUUUCCAGGAAGCACAAAACAAACGAGCUCAUAAAACCCGGGGAGUCAUGGCUCCUCUCUCCCUCUCUCCUCUCGGAGAAUCAGGAGUCACUAUCAGGCCUUUGAGGAAUCCAGCGCAGACCCUCUCCUGAAUAAACCCGUCCCUGCUCCCGCUCUCCCCUCUCUGUUCUUCGUCUUUAUCUCUCCUGGCUCUCCUUUCUCUCAGACACUCCUCUGGUAAUUGCACACAUCCUCUGCACCUCCCUCCAGCCCCUCUAUCUCCACUCCUUAUCAUCUGUCCCCCCCUCGAUAUCCUCCUCAGUAAUGGGGGAACGCUCCUCGGUUCUGGAUCGACAGAUAAGCCAGAAACCAGCGAGCGGGUCUGUGGAGCCCAGCUCAUUAGAGGAGGGGGGACAGAGGGGGUCCAAGGUGAGGGGUAUUAUUGUUCAUUGUUUGGAGAGGUGUGUGUGUGUGUGUGUGUGUGUGUGUGUGUGUGUGUGUGUGUGUGUGUGUGUGUGUGUGUGUGUGGACGUGGGUGGCUGCCUGUUUAAAGAGGGCUCGGACUGAAUGACUCAGAGGAAUAAUACACUAAUGGAAUCACAAAGGCUCACACGUGCACGCUCACGCACACACUCAUAGAUGAUUGUCCCUGCAGGAUGGUCAUUAAAACGGCGAGGUAAGAGCAUUCAGAGCGUCCAGCUGCCGCUCCGUCUCACACUCUCUCUCGUUUAUCACUCUAUGGUCAUUAUCUCAAUGUGUAACAUUAAAGGGAUAUUCCGCCAUGAAAUUAAUUGAGGGUCAAACGCACCGGAACACCGAGUUAGACCCCCCCUCUAGAGAUGGAUGUUGCCGACCGCUUCUGUAGUUAAACCAACUUUAGUAACGACUGCAGGAUAGUGAUACAGAGAGCCACACACUCAAACAAAACGCCACUCUAUAGCCACAAAUAAUGCUCAGAACAGCACCUAACUUCAUCAACAGGACAUAUAGGGUCCUGUUGAUGGACCCUAUAUGAGUAUUAUAUUCAGAGUUGUUCUAACUCCUAAGAAAACAUAAACUUGAGCGGGGGCGUUUCUCCACUUCUGUAAGCUGGGCCAAUAAACUUCUACUGUAGUAAAAUAAAAAGGUAAAGGUGUUUUUAUUGAGCCAAAUUAUAAAUAAAAUUAUGAUUUUGUUAACAGGUAUGGAUUUAUGUGCUGUUGAGUUAAUAUAUUUAAACAAGAGCACGGUAAAGUUAAAUCAGCUAAUUUUCCAACGAGGUUCUGUUACUAAAUGGAACUACACCAUGUUCUACUGAGGUUAGUACAUAUAGGGUCACAGACAUAGUACUAGACACCAAACAUCUUUUUAACUUUGACUCAUUUCUUUAGCAAAGAGACUAAACACAACUCACCUACUCUCUUCCAGCAGACGCUUGUUUGUAGCGAGACCUCAGACCAGUCCAUUACGGACUACAGCGGGGUGCCGCAGCUCAAGGAAGAACAUUUAUGAUCAUUUCUUCAUGGAAAUACAAUCAGACCGAGACGCUAAGACAGAAGAACUACCGCGUCUGUAAAAUGAUUAAUAUGGUGAUUAUUACUUCAAGGAAAUGAUAAAGAAAUGAUCAUAAAUGUUCUUCCUUGAGCUGCGGCACCCCGCUGUAGUCCGUAAUGGACUGGUCUGAGGUCUCACUACAAACAAGCGGCUGCUGGAAGAGAGUAGGUGAGUUGUAGGUUUAGUCUCUUUGCUAAAGAAAUGAGUCAAAGUUAAAAAGAUGUUUGGUGUCUAGUACUAUGUCUGUGACCCUAUAUGUACUAACCUCAGUAGAACAUGGUGUAGUUCAGUUUAGUAACAGAACCUCAUUGGAAAAUUAGCUGAUUUAACUUUACCGUGCUCUUGUUUAAAUAUAUUAACUCGACAGCAUAUAAAUCUAUACCUGUUAACAAAAUCUUUAUUUUAUUGAUAAUUCGGCUCAAUAAAAACACCUUUACCUUUUCAUUUUACUACAGUAGAAGUUUAUUGGCCCAGCUUAUAGACUACAGAAGUGGAGAAACGCCCCGCUUAAGUUUAUGUUUUCGUAGGAUCAAUAGAUUUUAUGCGGGAAUAUCCCUUUAACAAUAAAAGGCUCUGCUGGAUCUUCAUCAGCUUUCAAAAGCAGAGAGCUGAUGUGGAUCUGAGACCAUGUUGGACUCUUGCACGCUCCCAGAGGCCUGGAGUUUUUUCUUUCUCCUGCUCCGUCCAGGAAUCGUCUUAAAUACGAAGCUAAUCCUCCUAAAGUCAAAUUCUCCCACUGCAGGAGGAAUAGGAGGUUAAAGCUGCAGAGCUACGUCCGUGAUUAUAAGCCUAACAGCGCCUCAUUUACAUCCCAUAAUUCCUCUGUUUUAAACCCCUUUGUGUUGGAGUCCAAACUCGCUCUUCAUGAAUCAGCUCCAGAGGUUUAGUCUAAGUCUGUCUGUAAUGUCAGAUCAUCUCCUCUCUCUCAGGGGAGGUGCAGCAGUGACUCCCGCAGCUCCGAGGAGGCUGGAGGAGGUGGAGGAGGAGGAGGUGGAGGGGGUCACUCUCAGACGGUGGUGCAGAGUCAGGUGCAGGGACUGGGACGCCCCUGCAUGGCCCUCAACGCAGGGACAGAGGAGGAGGCGUCACUGCAGAUGAUGGAGAUGCAAAUCCACCAACCACAUCCGUGCUCACCUCGCUGCAGCCCAGGUGAGGAACACGAGGAGAACCACGCUGACAUGAGUGUAUGUCCUCCUCAUGGAGGCGUCUCCAUCAGCAGGAGAAUCAAAGAUGGAGAAGGAGCUGACACUGACAUUUCUCCUCCUCUUCCAUCUGCCUGCAGAGUUCUUCCACCCUGCAGCUGCAGCCAUCCCUGCGCCUCCUCGCAGCAGGAGCCUCCGGCUGACACGGGGCCUCCGGCUGACCUCCCCCGCCUCCUGGGCUUCACUUCGCUCACCAGGGAGCCACAGCAAGAUGCUCUGCACACAGGUGAGGCGAGGGGAGGAGUUAUGUUCAUGAGCGCAGACAGAGGAGGGUUUAGGGGAGGAGUUAUGUUCAUGAGUGCAGACAGAGGAGGGUUUAGGGGAGGAGUUAUGUUCAUGAGCGCAGACAGAGGAGGGUUUAGGGGAGGAGUUAUGUUCAUGAGUGCAGACAGAGGAGGGUUUAGGGGAGGAGUUAUGUUCAUGAGCGCAGAUGAUGUUGUCAGGUGAAUGUGAAAACGAGCUGUACUUAUGUGCUCCUCACUCCUGCUCUCUCCUCCCUCUCCUCCCCAGUACCCCUCCCACAGUGACUCCUCCCUCGCCACAGGCAGCUCGGAGGGCAGCCUACAGACCACCCUGGAGGAGGGGCUUAGCUUCAGCGUCUCUCCGCCUCAGAACUUGGCGUUACCGUUGCCCACCGCUCAGCUGCCGCUCCCGCUUCCCAAAGACCGAACGGACAUUUGCUCCCCGGUCCAGACCCUGAGACCCAGGCCCACCCCGUCCUCAGCCCUCACCCUCCAGGCCACCAGGGGGCACCAGCGGAGCCAGAGCAGCGGGAGGGGCAGCACCAGCCCAGGCUACACCCGGGACGAUUCCAUCGACCCCUCAGACGAGGACCUGGGCAUCGUCAUCGGCUCGUCUAUCGGGGGGUGUGGUUCUAGCCAGGCGGGGAACAGCGAGCACUCGGAGACGCUGAGCAGCCUAUCGCUGACCUCGCUGCUGUCCCCCUCCUCCGUGGUGUACCCGGGGGGCGCCGUGAAGAAGUGCAACAGCACCGGCAGUCUGGACCAGGGGGGGCUGCUGCUGUCGUCCCGCUGCAGGGAGGGCCGCAGGGAGAUCCUGGGCCUGGAGCUCAUGGACCCUCAAGGCUUCUUGGCCAACCCCUGGACCGGAGUGUUAGCGGACACGCGGCGAGGGGAGGGGAAGGGCGAGGGCGAGCAGGGUCUGAAAGGGAAGAGCUCGAGCCAAACAACGGUGGGGGCGUGUCGGAAGAACAGAUGA